GUCUUGGGCGAGCCGAGCGCUGCGCUCCCGGCUCCUGCCUCCUGCUCUUUGCUGCUGCGGCGGCGGCGGCUGCUGGCGCGCGCGCGCGCGCGGCAGGGACUCGCCGUCGGGGCGGCCGGGCGAUGCUCCUGCAAGAUGCCGGUCAAGCUGAAGAACCGCUACAACCUGGUGGACGAUGCUGGAGACUCGCGGGUGCCGCUGCACAACGAGGAAGCCUUCCAGCACGGGAUCCACUUCCAGGCCAAGGUGAGCCGGGGGUUUGUGGCAGGCGCCUUUGCGCGCCUUUACGCACGGGAUCCCGCGCUGCCACCGCUGCUUCCUCCAGGCCGGAGGUCCCGUCCCACCGCCCCACCCCGUCUGGCGACAGCCCAGCCAGGUCCUCUCCAGUACCCGCAGCCGUGGGGCGCGGAUUGUCACCUCCAAAGAAAGAGGUCUGCCGGUGCAUGUGCAGAGUGCUUUUCAAGACACGCUUUGGUUCCCCGGCAAGCAGCUCUCCUCCUCCUCCUCCUCCUCCUUCGGCGUGUUUGACUAGGAAGCUGCCGUGAUUUCCCCGGUCAAAGCCGUAACUCGGAGCGCUGAGGAAAAGGGGUUCCCAGAACAUGUGCAGAGCUUUUGGCUCGCGUUGGGCAGCGAACCCCUUGCAUGUUUACAGACGCCUACCGCCUUUGCUCCCAGUAGCAAGAGUGCUUCAGGUUGUAGCCUUUGAUCCAACACCUAAGAAGGCAGGAAUCUCACAGGUGCAGCUUUCCCCCCAUCAUUCCCAGGGAGUGGGAAUAAUUCCUUGUUUAAGAUUUCUGCCUCUGGUAGAAGUUGUUACAGGUACAGAAGUCCUGUAAGAAGAGAGAGGCGAUAACUCUUCCCUUCUCCUUUUAUUUGGUAGUGGAGAAUGCAGCAAUUUCAUGUGCCUGUGAGGUGGGGGGGUGCGCGCCUGCCCCUAGGCACACUGUCCUCACCUGGGCAUCCAAGUCCACUCAGCCUCUGACCAUGUUUCAGCCUCCAAGGCAGCCUGCAGGCCUUGUGCAGUGGCAGGCAUGUGUCAGACAAGUGCUGGGGCUCAAACCAACCUGAAAAUGUGCGCCCCCUCCCCAAGCUCAGACUCCCUACUCCUAGCACUUAGGGAAGGGGGCUAGGUUCCCACCUAGGUGGCCAUAGUCAUAGCCCCUAAAAUGGAGCCUCCAUGUGCAGGGACAGUGUGCCCUCUGGGAACAUGGCUUGCAGGUUAACAACCUUCCUGGGGUCAUCCAGCUGGCUGCUUUUGCGGACAGAGUGCUGGACCAGAAGGACCUUUGGUCUGAUCUGGCAGAUCUCUCUGUUGCCUUAUAGCUAAAUAGAACCUCUGUGUGUAGCUGCAGUCUGCUUCUGUAUGCUGGUUACUGGGAGCAGCAUCUGCAAAGAGCGGGGGAGAGAGUACGCCCUUUAUUCUCUGCUUGUGGAAAUCCCUCAAAACGUGCAACUUCCCGUUGCUUAAAUUGCGGUGCUGAUUGAGAUGGAUGUUUGGCCCCAUUGCAGGAAGGUUGCACCGCUGUACAUGGUCCGAGCCCCUGUUCCUAAGCCAGACUGGAGAGCAGCAGUCCCAGGGGAAGGAGUGUGAGUGAUUCCUCGCUUGUUGCAUUCCGGGGGGGGGGGCUCCUUACACAGGUAGCAAGAAGGUAGAUUAGGAUCUCCUGGGAGAUACUUGGGUAACUUGGCAGCAGUAGGUGCUCUUAUUACUAACUUCUGAAUGCUUACCAGUUGCUGGAGGCCACAGGAAGGCAAGUGAUGCUUUUGGGCUCAGAUCCUGCUUGCCAAUGGGACAUCUGGGUGGCCACUGAGAGAAGAGUGGCCUGAUCCAGCAGGCUUGUCUUAUAUUCUUAUAUGCUGUUUUAAAAGAGUUCGUGGCGGCUCUCUUCUAUACAUUCUUAGCACUCUUUCUCUCUCUUUUGUAUUUUGGCUGCUUUGUUUUAAUUUGUGUAAGCCACUUUCAGUCCCAGCCUGGGGGGGAAAGCGGGAUAUAAAUAAAUAUAAUUACAAUAAUAGAUUUACAGGGCUACCUGCCUCCCAGCUGCCUGACAAUAGCAUGGGGGUGUGCCUUAUACAGAAUCGGACCAACCACCGCCUAUCUGGCUCAGCGGUGUCCACACUGACAGGCAACAGUAGUGGCUUUUACAGUUUUGUCGAUGAGAGACAUUCCCAGCCUAACCUGGAGAGGUAGUGGACCUUCUGCACGCAAGACAGGUGCUCUACCACUGAUCCACUGUUAACCAUGUGCUAAGGUAGGUUGCGCUGUGGCUAGGACUUGCCGAUCAGAAGGUCGGUGGUUCGAAUCCCCACGACGGGGUGAGCUCCCGUUGCUCGGUCCCUGCUCCUGCCAACCUAGCAGUUCGAAAGCACGUCAAAGUGCAAGUAGAUAAAUAGGUACCACUCUGGCGGGAAGGUAAACAGCAUUUCCGUGUCCUGCUCUGGUUCGCCAGAAGCGGCUUAGUCAUGCUGGCCACACGACCUGGAAGCUGUACGCCGGCUCCCUCGGCCAAUAAAGUGAGAUGAGCGCCACAACCCCAGAGUCAGCCACGACUGGACCUAAUGGUCAGGGGUCCCUUUACCUUUAAGGUAGGUUGCCAGAAAAGGCUUCUUGAGCUGGUGGGGCAUCAGGAGCGGGGGAUCAUAGGUAUAGAUUUGACAGUGGUUUCUGGUGUGGUCCUAGGUCCCAGACUAUGCUCAGAGAGUUACAUUUGGUAGUCCAGAAUCCUGUUCUCAUAGUGACCAACCAUAUGCUCCUGUGGGAAACCCACAAGCAAGAUUAGAGGCAAGAACAGCCCUUUCCCCUCCUGUGGGUCCCAGAAACUGGGAUUCAAAAGCGUUGCUGCAGAGCUGAGAUGGCUAUCCCUCUCCUUCUCCAUGAAUCCGUGUAAGAGCAUCAGCAAGUACAGCUGACCUGCAGAUCUUUCCAGCCAAAUUUAAAAGGACUCCGGCUUUUAUUCUUGUAGUGUUUGGAACUGGCUGUUCCCACACCCUGCAGUCAAAAUGCGUUUAUCCCAAAAGAUCUGCGAUGUCAUUUACAGAGGGAAAAACAAAGUCAAGAGAGUCGGGCCAACCAAUUUCUUUUUAAUUACGUCCUAAUCAGAUGGAGCCAAGGAAGUUUAUUCAGGGAGUGAAGGGGCGCAAAUUCAAGAGGUCAUAACGGUUGUAUGAUCUUGUUCCAUAUAAACUGGCUUAUCCUGCUCAGUAUGGUUUCAUAUUCAAAAUUAAUCUUCUCUGGUUUUCAGAGUUUAAAUCUGUUGGGCAUUUUCCCUGCAGGAAUCCUUAGGAACCUGCUCUGGGGUGGUGGUGGUGGGGAAAACUUCCUCACUCCAUGAUCCAGUCUUCAGAAGUUGCCUUGAUACUCAGUCAGACCCUUGGUCCAUCCAGCCCAGUAUCUGACAAGCAGCAGUUCUCCCUAGUCUCUACUUGGAGAUUCCAAGGAAUGAGUCUGGGAACUUUUGCUUGCAAAUCUGGUGCUCGUGCUAUUGAGGCUCUGCCCCUUCUUCUCCAUGUCUGAAUUGAGGCUUGUGUGAUGGUUGUGUGCUGCCACAUGUGUCCUAUGAAUAGCUCUGUGGGUCUUGAAAUCUGGGGGAAGAAUAUGCAGGCUGUGUUGCUGACACAGAAUUCUUCAUCAAGCAGAGCAUAAGGGGAACGGAUUCUUUUUAGACCUAGAGAAUGAAGGUUUCCAUGGCAAAAUUUAAGAACUGUAAUGUGAAAAUUUGCAUUUGAAGUGGCAUUUAAGUGAUGCCAGCAUUUAGGUCCCAGCUUUAUAGAGGACUGAAAACAAAGUCUAAUAUUCCUUGGAGCCUCUAAUCAUGUUCUUGCCUGCCUGGGCAGCCCGUUGCCGAUACCAGCUUGGUAUCAAAAUCCCAUUUGCGUCUGAAAAUAAUGCAAGCUUCCUGAAGGGACACAUGGAAUUUGAUUUGACCGUUUGACAUGUAUUUAGUCCGUCUUCCAGUGUAGGUGGUGCAGAGAGAACCAAAAUCAGGAUGUGCUUACCUUGUGCAAAAGUAAUUUGUAAAUGCUUGCCAGUUGUGGCAGGGGUGAGCUCCAAGAGGGUCUUACGGUCUUGACCUCUCUUAUGGGACCAUCGUUCCAUUAAAGGCGCUCUGGGUGGCAGCAGGAUGGUGGGAGGAGCUGUGUGAAGACUGACCUUCGCAGACAAUAAUGGGUGUUUUGGAGGGCGGGAGUGGGGCUGGGGGAGAGAGAUGCUUUAGAUGCCGGACACUGUCAUCUGCCCCCUCCCCCUUCUCAAGCUGUGCCACUGCUUUCCCCCUUUUUAAAAUAGCCAGCUCCCCUCCCUGGCUGGGAAUCUUUCCUUGCCAAACCCUCUCUGUCUUUGUUCCCAAAACCACAAUAAAUCCUAAGAUUGCAGUCCUAGAACCCAGUUGCUAGAUAGUUUUAAGCCCUAUGGGAUUGAGCCAAGCUGGUUUCUGAGCAAAACCAUGCCAAGUAUGUAACGUAGAGAGUGGUGUUUUCUGAAGGAGUUUGAGCCCAGAAGCACAUUAGCACUUUUAGAAAAUAUCUGAAAAAAUGGGAAAGGUGCAAAGGAACGUCUUGUUGUUUUCAGAGGGUGGACGGGCUUUUAAAAUGGUAGUAGUAAUAAUAUUAUUAUUAAUAACAAUGUGUGGUUUAUCAGUCUGUUAUUAACAAUGGUCUCAUGCUUUUAAAGGAAUGCAGAUGUUUAUCUUCAGAUUUCCUUAUAUCUUGCAAGCUUCCUCAAGCCUGGAAUUAACUAUCAGAGUGCCUUGGUAUUUAAUAAAGAUUCCCCGAACAGAACUUGUGGUGAAGCACAAGAAUAGGGUAAAGAAAGCCAAGGUCAUCCGUUCUUCAUAGGAGAGGGAGAUUAUAUAGUCUUGGGAAAACAUUGGUCCCUCUCAUUGUUUGAGUAGUGAUAUUCUGAUGGACAAUCGUGAGAAUGAUCAGCACCUGACGGGGGGGGGGGGACAGUGAUUUCAGUACAUCAAUUUCCCCCUUAUUAUUCAGGGUUAUUGGCUUUUGUUGUUAUUACAGUGGUACCUCAGGUUAAGUACUUAAUUCGUUCCAGAGAUCCGUUCUUAACCUGAAACUGUUCUUAACCUGAAGCACCACUUUAGCUAAUGGGGCCUCUUGCUGCCGCUUCGCCGCCGGAGCCCGAUUUCUGUUCUCAUCCUGAAGCAAAGUUCUUAACCUGAAGCACUAUUUCUGAGUUAUCAGAGUCUGUAACCUGAAGCAUAUGUAACCUGAAGCGUAUGUAACCUGAGGUGCCACUGUAUUAUGUUAUGUAUUUUGUGUUUUUAUUUUGUAAUUUAUGCUGCAAAUGUGAUCUUCAGAUGAAGGGUGGUAUGAAAAUUUAAUAAAUAUAAAAUAAUAAUAAUAAUAAUAAUAAUAAUAAUAAUAAAUAAAUAAUAAUAAUAGUCAUAAAUUAAUUAAUGAAGAAGAAAAAGAAGCAGACCCUCAUUACUGCAGAUUGCAGUCUUCUAGGGGACAGAGCCCUGUGCUUGUUUUGCUUUGUGGUUUGACAUUCUUACACAUCAGGCAGAGAGCACUGGCUGUUCAUCAUUUUUAUGAAGGAAAUAUGUUUCACAGUUUCAUGGGGAUGGGGGUGUUACAGCUUUGCUUUGGACUGCAGACCCUAAAGUGCCAAAGGUGUCUAGGAGUCUGGUCUCCGUGAAAUAAGACAGGUUGCAGAGUGCCACAAAGACCCCUGAGACCCCAAUAGAGCUGGAAAGGGAAACAGGGCCUGGAAGCAUCUGGGGGUCCUGAUCCUGCCUACCUCGCAAGGCUGUUGUGAGGUUUAAAUGAGGAAGUGGGAAGCCAUAUACGCUACCUUGAGCUUCUUGGAAAAAAGGAGGGCUAUAAAUGCAAACACCACCACCAACAACACAGGUGAAACUCAAAAAAUUAGAAUAUCGUGGAAAAGUUCAUUUAUUUCACUAAUUCAGCUUGAAAGGUGAAACUAAUACAGUGGUACCUCAAGUUAUGUACUUAAUUCAUUCUGGAGGUCUGUUCUUAACCUGAAACUGUUCUUAACCUGGAGCACCACUUUAGCUAAUGGGGCCUCCUGCUGCCGCUGCUGCACGAUUUCUGUUCUCAUCCUGAAGCAAAGUUCUUAACCUGAGGUACUAUUUCUGGGUUAGCGGAGUCUGUAACCUGAAGCGUCUGUAACCUGAAGUGUCUGUAACCUGAAGCGUCUGUAACCCGAGGUACCACUGUAUAUGAGAUUGACUCGUGACAUGCAAAGCAAGAUAUGUCAAGCCCUGAUUUGUUAUCAUUGCAAUGAUCAUGGCGUACAGCUUAUGAAAACUCCAAAUUAACCAUCUCAGAAAAUUAGAAUAUUCAAGGAAAUCAGCAAAACAAGGAUUGCAAAUUGAGCAAGAUUGGACCUCUGAGAAGUAGAAGCACAUCUCGCUUUGCAUGUCAUGAGUCGAUCUCAUAUAUUAGUUUCACCUUUUAAGUUGAAUUACUGAAAUAAAGGAACGUUUCCACGAUAUUCUAAAUUUUUGAGUUUCACCUGUAAAUAACGUUCCCUCCUGCAGCAUAAACAGGAGAACAGGUUUGGCAGAGGUUCCCUUCUUGAUCUUCUGGAUAAGCUGCAGCAACUGUUUCAGCUCCAGCUCCCUUCAGCACCAGCCAGUGUGGUAGUGGCUGGCUAGGAAUGGUGGGAGUUGGAGUCCGCCAACAUCCAGAGAAGAAGAGGAAGAAUAAGAGUUUGGAUUUGAUAUCCUGCUUUAUCACUACCCUAAGGAGUCUCAAAGCGGCUAACAUUCUCCUUUCCCUUCCUCCCCCACAACAAAGAUUCUGUGAGGUGAGUGGGGCUGAGAGACUUCAGAGAAGUGUGACGAGCCCAAGGUCAUCCAGCAGCCGCAUGUGGAGGAGUGGGGAAGCGAACCCUGUUCACCAGAUUACGAGUCCGCCGCUCUUAACCACUACACCACAGAGGGCACUGUAUUGCUUCUGUACCUGGCCUGCAGGUGGCCAGUAAAGCAAAAACUGGUGCCCUGGGAUUAUGUGUUUUGCUCCUGGCAUAGGUCCAGUUGCAAUCAUGAGGAGAUUUCUGGGCACCAGGUUGGCGGCCACAGUUUAAAGACCUACCUUGGUCCAUAGUUAAUUCCAUUUCCACUGUGUGUGUUUCUCCUCCUUGCAUACUGGGACAAGUGAAUUGUUGCAAGAGCAAGAUACAGUCAAGCAAUACAGUAGCUAAGAUCAUGUUGUUGUUGUUGUUUAGUUGUGCCCGACUCUUCGUGACCGCAUGGACCAGAGCACGCCAGGCACUCCUGUCUUCCACUGCCUCCCGCAGUUUGGUCAAACUCAUGCUGGUAGCUUCCAGAACACUGUCCAACCAUCUCGUCCUCUGUCGUCCCCUUCUCCUUGUGCCCUCCAUCUUUCCCAACAUCAGGGUCUUUUCCAGGGAGUCUUCUCUUCUCAUGAGGUGGCCAAAGUAUUGGAGCCUCAGCUUCACGAUCUGUCCUUCCAGUGAGCACUCAGGGCUGAUUUCCUUCAGAAUGGAUCGAUUGGAUCUUCUUGCAGUCCAUGGGACUCUCAAGAGUCUCCUCCAGCACCAGAAUUCAAAAGCAUCAAUUCUUCGGUGAUCAGCCUUCUUGAUGGUCCAGCUCUCACUUCCAUACAUCACUACUGGGAAAACCAUAGCUUUAACUUAUACGGAUCUUUGUUGGCAAGGUGAUGUCUCUGCUUUUUAAGAUGCUGUCCAGGUUUGCCAUCGCCUUUCUCCCAAGAAGCAGGCGUCUUUUAAUUUCGUGGCUGCUGUCACCAUCUGCAAUGAUCAUGGAGCCCAAGAAAGUAAAACCUCUCACUGCCUCCAUUUCUUCCCCGUCUAUUUGCCAGGAGGUGAUGGGACCAGUGGCCAUGAUCUUAGUUUUUUUGAGAUCAUAGAGUCGUAGAAUUCUUGUGUGGGAAGCAACCCAGGGGAUCCUCUAGUCUAAUCCCUUGGCCAACCUGGAUUUAAGGUGCCAUUUGGCACCUCGCUUAUAUAUCUGAAUUUAUAACACUAAUGCCAGCCUCCCCCUUCGUGGCACUUUCUUGAAAUCUGAGUGUUCCUAUGUGCUCCAUCCACUGUUUGCUGGUGUGUCCAUGGCAGCCUUUGCCAAGCUGGUGCCCACUAGAUGUCUUGGACUCCAGCUCUCAUCAGCCCCCAGGUGGGCUUGAUGAUACAUUGACCCCAAAUGGCUUUGAGGUCCCCCCAAAAAAAAUUUAUUUGGAAUUGAUUGUAAAAAUCAAACAAACCAAUGGUGACCUCAGAACGGUUUACAGAAAGAGUGAAACAACGGAAUUAUCAGUAAAAACACGUGAAACAGCUAUUUGAAACAUUCAGAUCUUAAUUUAAAUAAGUGGUUGAAAAAUACUUGGAGUCCUGCAGUGAUUUCAUGCUCUUUAUUGCAGCUUGUAAAAUAGUGACUGAAUUGCCCCCCAAACCUCAGGCUUUUAUAUACAUUAUUUACACUAUGAGUCCCGCCUGAUUGGCUGAUUCUGCUUCCCUCCUGGAGCCUGAUUGGUCUUCUCCUGCAGGCCAAUCAGUUGUUGCAUUCUUGGAUCCUACUAUCCUAAUAGGCUGAUUAACUUCCUCCUGGAGCCUGAUUGGUCUUCUCCUGCAAGCCAAUCCGUUGUUGCAUUCUGGGAUCCUACCUGCCUAUUGUUCUAGGGACCCAAGCUCAGUACAUAACAGUGAUGAAACUAAAAACCAGAUUAAAAGACUUGCCAAUGUUCCACAUAGCUGGGUAGGCUUAGCAGGUACCACAACCAGCAAGUUGUGCCUUCCUGGUGUCAAGAGGCAGGGAGUUCCAGAGUAUGGGCAACACUGCACUAAAAGAUCAAUUCCGUACAAAUUUGGAGCGGGUAUUAUGUGGCACCCGUAAUAAUAGUUCCGGUUCCACAGAUUGAAGCGGCCGCCUGGGCAGUCUUCUGCAGCCGAGUGCUAUAUGAAUUUUAUAAAAUAAAUAAAUAAGUGGCUUCCCUUCUGGCGCUCAGGUACAAGACCAUUAAGCAGGAUUAGAAUCCCCAUUUCACCUCUAAGCCCCCCCCCAUCCAAGCUCCUUUCCACCACCCUCAUGGCUUAAAGAAGGUUGAGCAACUAAUCUCCAGUUGAGCAAUGUUGGAGUUGGCACCCUCAGUUGCAAGCUUGAUGGGUAACACUCGGGUCCAAGUCCGAUGGAGUGUGUGUGUGUGUGAGAGAGAGAGAUGGGCAAUAGAAAUCCUGCCACUGGCGUGCAAAUUUUUGUACAGGCCUCGCCUGGUUCUCAGUGUCUUCACCUUGCCCUGCCGUGACAGAGCCUCAUUAAAACGAGCAAUUUGCAAAUCAGCAGUCGUGCAGUUAUUUCCUCCGGCGGGUACCAAUUCCAGGCUGGCUGAGUUUGGCAAGAGGUGGGAUUCUGUCGGCUUGGCUUAUCUUGCGAGGAGCAGCAUAAUGCCAGGAAAUGGAGGGUGAGGAAAUGGAGGCCAAGAACUUUGUUUUUGCAACUCAUUUCCACCGCAGGGUCAAGGGUGUUAUGACAUCCCCAGGAUAGGCACACAUCAGCUGAUAUGGAACACCCGUAGGGUUACUCAACAGACCAGAGGGUUGCAAUCCAGCUGUUGCAGUGCAAACACAGAGCUCUGUCCCAGCCAGAGUGCUUGCGAACUUUAAUGCCAGGCACCCAAUUUGUGCAUACUUGUGUAGGCUUAGGCCCCAGGCUUUCUGGAGGACCGUAUCUUCCCAUGUGAAGCUGUCCAGAUUCUGAGAUCUUCAGGGGAAACCCUUUUCACAGUCUCACAGCCUUGGUGAGGACACAGGAGAGGGUCUGCUCGGUGGUGGCUACUCCCAGACUCUGGUACUCCCUCCCUAGAGAGGCAAGCCUGGCUCUCUCCUUGUCUUUUAGGCAGCAGCUGAAUGCUGUUUAAUUCUCACAUGCCUUUGAGAACUGACUUUUUUAAAAAGGAAAAGGCCUUGAAAUUAUGCUGUGCUUCUUUUUUAAACUGUAUUUUAAUACAUUGGUUUUUAAUAUUCCUUUAAUUCUAUUACAGUCGUACCUUGGAAGUCGAACGGAACCAGUUCCGGAAGUCCGUUUGACUUCCAAAACCAAAGCGCGGCUUCUGAUUGGCUGCAGGAAGCUCCUGCAGCCAAUCAGAAGCCCUGUCGGACACUCGGCUUCCAAAAAUAGUUCGCAAACCGGAACAGUCACUUCCAGGAUUGUGACAUUCGGGAGCCAAAGCGUUCGGGAACUAAGCUGUUUGACUUCCAAGGUACGACUGUAUAGAAUUUAGUUAUUGUCUUUAUGUUUUUAGCCUGUGUCUGGGGUGUUAGGGGAGGGGCAGUACCUCUGGUGGGGGCCACGUUGUGCUCCUUCUCAGGUAGUUCAUCCCCCUUUGGUCCCCACCCUGCUCUCAGCUCUCACCUGUGGCUCCUAGAAGCUGCCAGCAUGUGAUAGCAGCCACAGUCCUGAGAACGGCUUCGAGUGGUUAGCUGCAUCUGGUGAGGGUAGCCAAUGGAUCACAAACCCUCAGCGUGCGAAGACAGGCUCCACAGGAUUGAGCAGACAAGACAAGACCUUGUACCUAUGGGACCACCUCUCCUGGUAUGUCCCACAGAGGACCUUACGGUCUUCAAACAAAAACAUCUUGGAGAUCCCGGGCCACAGGGAGGUUAGGCUGGCCUCAACCAGAGCCAGGGCCUUUUUGGCUGUGGCCCUGAUCUGAUGGAAUGCUCUGUCACAAGAGACCAAGGCCCUGGCUCCACCAGGCCUUUGGCCAAGGCACAGUCUGACUCCCUCCUAUGGUAAUCCUCAUAGAACUCUAGCCCAAUGGCUGCAAUUAAUUUGAUUCUGAAUUGAUUUUAGAAUGUAUUUUAAUUAACUGAUUGUGAUUUUAUGUAAAUUGUGUUACUUUUACUGUUGUUAGCCGCUCUGAGCAAGGCUUCGGCUGGGGAGGGCGGGAUAUAAAUAAAAUAUUAUUAUUAUUAUUAUUAUUAUUAUUAAGAGUGGGUCCAACAGUCAAGAAGGUGGUAUCUGCACAUGCUGUAGAGGGAAGUGAGGGGCAGGUGAGGCCAGUCCACCUGGGAAGGUAGCCCACCUGGGAGAAGGAAAGCUCUGGUCCCAAACCUUGUAGGAUAACUUCAAGAAAAGAAAAAACUCAGGAGCAAAUCUUACACAGAUCCAGAGUGGAGUCCCUAAGGCUGUUGGAUGGCACCUUGUACGCCACCUUCCAUCCAACUCCUGCAACCUAGCGGGUGUCAAACGUAUUGCUCUCUUUUGGAAAGAGGGGUCUUGGUCAGCCCAGGACCUCCAGACACACUGCCCAGGAUUGUGCCCCGGGGAGCUCACUUUGGAGCUGCUAACACAGUGGUUGGACUUCACUCCUGGAGGUGCACUCCAUUGUCUCUCGAGACAGAUGGAUGCCAACAAAGCCUUUGUAUUUUAUUUGUGCUGCUUUGAUUCGCGUAAGCUGCCUUGAGUCCCAGUCUCUGAAAAAGAUGGGCUAUAAUAAUAAUAAUACAGUGGUACCUCGGGUUACAGACGCUUCAGGUUACAGGUGCUUCAAGUUUCAGACUCCGCUAACCCUCGUAAUAGUACCUCGGGUUAAGAACUUUACCUCAGGAUGAGAACAGAAAUCGCGCAGCAGCGGCAGCAGGAGGCCCCAUUAGCUAAAGUGGUGCUUCAGGUUAAGAACAGUUUCAGGUUAAGAACGGACCUCCGGAAUGAAUUAAGUGCUUAUACCGAGGUACCACUGUAGUAGUAGUAAGAAAUAAGUGUGUGAAUGCACAGAGCCCUUGCAGACACCGAUGAGAAUUGGGCAGAUGUGCACAGCACCAAGCUUUGGAACAGGGGCAAAUUGUUCCAAAAGUCUUUAACAAAUCACUCCUGGCUUUGCUCUCUUCCUUCAGUACAUUGGCAGUCUGGACGUGCCAAGACCCAACAGCCGCGUGGAGAUAGUGGCCGCGAUGAGAAGGAUCCGGGUGAGUCAUUGCGUGCGUCUUCCUUCCUUCCUUCCUUCCUUCCUUCCUUCCUUCCUUCCCUUCCUUCCUUCCUUCCCCUCCCCAACCUGCAGAUAUCUUCUGCUUACUUUGAGCCGCUCAGUGAUGCAAUCAGAAAAACGUUCUCCUCCCCCUGUGCCUUGUUCUCCGCCACCUCCAAAAGAAAAAACCACUCUGCCCUUGCCUUCCUUUCCCCAGGAGGCAUUCAACCAGAAGGCUGGCUGGACUCCACUUCCCAUACGCCCCCGCCACCCCCACAAAUGGCUGAGCCCACGGAUGAGCUGCAUUUCCUCCUGGAGCAGAAGCCCAGAUUCUCUCAAGUGGCUAAGAUGGCCUUCUGGGAAUGAAUGACUGCAGCUUAGGAGCUGUCUUCUGGAGAGUCUGGGGGGGGGGGGGGCACACGUGGCAGUGCAAGACCAGGUGGUGCCUCUGUCCACUUCUGGCUCUGCAGUCAGUUUGCAUUUCUCUCUCUUUCUUCUCUCCUGCCCCCCCCACCCGCCCCCGCUACUUUGCCUGACUUGAGGCAAGACUGACUCUUUCUUGUCAGUUCUGAGAAGGAGAGCGAGGCCAAAGUGUCUCUUUUCAUAGACUCGUAGAACUGUAGAGCUGGAAGGGAUCUCCAAUGGUCCUCUAUUCCAGCCCCCUGCAGGGCAGGAUCACAGUGCAAGAAUCCCUGGAAGGUGGCCCUUCAACCUCUGCUUCAAAACCUCCAGCAGAGUCGUAUCCACCACCGUCUAUAGCUAAGGUGCUCUGGAGCUGGCAUGGCAACGUGUGUUGAAUUUUUCAGCUUCCAGCUUCCCAAAAUGGGAGCUGCUAAAAAAAAGUUGUGGCAUGACUUGGGAAUUCAAAACAUAUUGUACAGUCAUUCCUCAUGUUACGUUCUUUCAGGUUACGUCCCGCGGCGACCCGGAAGUACCAGAAAGGGUUACUUCCGGGUUUCACCACUUGCGCAUGUGCAGAUGUGCAAAAUGAUGUCACGCGCAUGCACAGAAGCGCUGAAUUGCAACCAGCGCGUGCGCAGGCACGCUGCUGCGAGUUGCGCUCUUUUCAUGUUGCGAACGGGCCUCCGGAACGGCUCCCGUUCGCAGCCAGAGGUACCACUGCAUAUUAAAAAGUUAACAUAAUUUAGUUUUGCUUGAUGAGUAACAAAAUUAGAAAUACUGACUUUUCUAUUGUUUUUGUGGAAUUUCUGGGUGUGCAGGCCCAGCUGCUUCUGGGCCAGUUCUACAAAAACAGGAAGUGGGCCAAGUUUUCUUGGGGGACACAGAAGAGGUGCGCAGCAGAAGCUGUCAUAUGCAGCGCCCCCCCCCCCCCAUUGCCACAAAUUCCUGUUUUCAAAGCAGACAGGUGGGGGUGGGAUUUAGAUCCCUGGGUUUUACUGGGACCCUCAGCUCCCCCCACCUCUGUCCACUUGCCACAUGAGCUGCUCAGAGUUGUAUUGCAUCAGCACCUGGAGGACUGCAGUAACCCCCCCCCCCCCCGCAACCAGUCCAGCUGCUCCCCAGGGCCUGGGUUUUUGCACCUGCUUCCACCCAUGAAGCCCUACAUCCAGUCUCCAACUUGGGAGGCUGUUUGGGAAAGCCUUGGCAGAGCACGGUGGGUGGACCAGCGCUGCUCUGAGGUGGCCCAAGACCAUCUCACCCCUCUGUUCACUGCACCAGGAAGUGCCCCUGGCAGCUCAGGGGAUGGGCACUUGGCUUGGCAUACACAGGGCACCAGGAUCAACCUUGGGCGUCCCCUUCCCUAAGGGUUGCAAAGCUGGGAGGGCCCCCUGGCUGGCUGCUACCAGUCAGUGCAGACAGUACUGAGGGCUGGGUGGAUGUGUGGAUCUGGCAGAUAACAGGCCCCUCUGCCCAUAACCACCCACCCGGGGUCUUGAGCCAGUGUGGUGUAGUGGUUAAGAGCGGUAGUCUCGUAAUCUGGGGAACCGGGUUCGUGUCUCCGCUCCUCCACAUGCAGCUGCUGGGUGACCUUGGGCCAGUCACACUUCUCUGAAGUCUCUCAGCCCCACUCACCUCACAGAGUGUUUGUUGUGGGGGAGGAAGGGAAAGGAGAAUGUUAGCCGCUUUGAGACUCCUGAAGGGGAGUGAAAGGCGGGAUAUCAAAUCCAAACUCCUCCUCUUUGCGGCGGGUCCUAAAAAAAACACAAGUGCGGACACAAACCCUCGCCCACCACCACCAUUGCAAUUCACACCAAAAUCCUGUUGCUUUCUCUGCUUCCACCCUGCUGUGCCAACCAAAGGCCCUCCAAUCCUGUUUUCCAGCAGCUGCCUGCGCUCAGGUGCCUUGCAGGGGUUCUCCCUUAGGCUGCCCCCCUCCCUGUCGUCCUGUGGGCUCUGUAGGCUGGCAUCCGCUAAUCCCCUAAUCAGCUGUGCUGAGUGGCUUUAUGAAGCAUCCUCCUUGUGUUCUGGGCCAGCUAUUCCGCCCUCCCCUCCCUUCCCCCUCCCCUUUUAUAAAAAGGCUUCCGAGAUUUAAUAAGGAGGAAGGCAUUCCUUGUGUUCGCGUUUCCCAGCUGGGGCUCGGCGUGGGCGCCUUGCUUGUGACAGUUAAUUGGCAGUUAGAAAGGGGCUGGGGGUGGGGAGGCCAGGCAGCGGCGUCAGUGGAGGAAAGGGGGACGGGACCUAUGUGCUCCCAGGCAAAGGCAGGUCUACGUGACAAAUCCUAAAGCAGUUUCAAGCAUGCCAAAGGUCUAUAAAAUUGUGUGUGGCGUGGAGAAGGUGGAAAGAGGAAAUGGCAACUCCCUCUCUCCGUCCGUCAGAACUUGGCACCCAGUGAAGCUAAAUGAUAAUAAAUAAUAAUAAUAAUAUUUUUUUAUUUAUACCCAGCCCUUCCCGGUUCAACAACCGGGCUCAGGGCGGCUAACAACAAAUUUAAAACACUUAAUUAUAAAAGCAGCAUAAAAUACAGUAUAAAAACACGAAUAACAAUAAAAUUCAAAAAUCAAUUAGAUAAUCCCCAGGGCUAGCUGGCUGAAUUGGUCCUACUUGGGCCAGCGAGGAGGCCAGGGGAGAAUUAGCUGUGGGGUCUCAGAGCGGGUGAUCUUCAUAAAAGGGGAGGGGGAGGGAAGAGAAGGGAAAUAAUGAUGGAAGAUUCAGCUUCCAACGUAAAAGGGAGUGCUUCUUUGCACAAUUCGUAGUUAACCUGUGGAACUCCCGCCCACAGGAGGCACAUUCAUGGAGGAGAGGGCUGUCCAUGGCUCCCAGCCAUGAUGUCCACAGUUGGAGACAGCAAUGUUCAGGCCGAGGCAGAAACAGGAAAGGAGCUUGAGUAGACUUGCCCUGAGUCUCAGAGGACUAAGCUGGCCAGGGCUCCCUGCCAGGAACAUGCCAGACAUACACUGUCAUGCCAGGAUUGCCCCAUGCCUCCCAGCUGACUUGGGAACUCUUGCCCUGGGCCUCAGACGAGCUCUGCACAGGCCUGGCUAUGCUUCUGAAACCACAGAAAGGGAGAAGGCUCUCAUGCUUGGGUUCUGUUUGCAGAUUUCAUCCAGGCACCUGGAGGCUGGCCUAGAUGGGCCGUGGGCCUGACCCAGCAGCGUCCUCUUAUGUUCAGCACCAGGCUCCUGAUCAAGACACCUGGAGGGAUGGGAGCUGUAGUUUUCUGAAGGGGGUGGGGGUGCUUGCAAGGAGGGUGGGAAACUCUAGAGAAAGUUUUCCGAAUCCUGUGCUAAAUUGCAGUCUCCAGUCAGAGCUGAGCAUUUUAGGAACCUUCGUCAGCCAAAUAUGAAACUGACAUUUUAAAAACCGUUUGCAAAUGGGAUAAAACAAUGAAAAUAUCACUGAGAAAAAUUAACAACAAUAAUUUACGACCUUUGGGAAGUUAAAAUAAUGAUGGACUAAAAGCAGAUUAAAGCUCACACCAACUUUCUAAACUUCUGGGUUGGCAUGUCUAAACAAAAAUGCUUUUAGCAGGCACCAAAAGGAGUAUAGUAAAGGCUCCUGACAUCAGGUAGAGAGUUCCAAAAUUACAGGUGCUGCCACCCUAUGAGAUCGAGUUCCCACAGAUGCCGGAACGGGUAUGAUGUGGCCAGUUCCACAGAUCCAAGCAGGCGAGUGGGCAUAUAUGGGGCAGCUAAACAACAAACAAAGGCAAAAUAUUUGCACACUGACUCUCGGCAGUUUUAAGGCAUCCCUUUCUCACAAAGGUGCUGGAUGUGAGAUUUGGCUUCAGCGUUUCAGGGCUUUACUCUGAAGCUAUGCUGGUAAAGUUUUCCAUCGCACAGGUGUCCCCCUUGCCUCCUACCUGCUGCUCAGGGUGGGUGGGGAACCCAAAAUGAGUGGUGGGAGCCCUCUGUUCUUUUGGGAGCUCCUGGAUCCACCCAGAGAUACAGCCAUGGCCCCCCUCAGGCUGGCUUAUUGGCAAGAGGUGUUCUUUAACAAACAGAGAGAAAGCUCAGCCCUUGGAGCAGAAUGUAAAUUUGGUGGAUGUAAAUUUGGUGCUUGCUGGGUUGGCUUGACAUUAAGGCUAAGCUAAGCCUGCAUUUAAAUGUGUGGGGGUUUUUCUGCGUUAAAAAUUGCCAGCCUUCCUCCUGGAUUAUUAGUAGCCUCCUGGAGCCACAGACUUUUUCUGCGACUGACUGAGCUGUAGCUAAUCCUCCCUCCUCCCCAGCCAAUUCCUCCAGCUUUGACAGUGACAGCGGAUGUCAUUAUUCUUGCCGCUUGAAUAUUAAGUGGGGUGGCGAUUGGUGCGCUCCUUGGAAGGCGCAUCCUGGCCCCCCAUUACAUUCUGGUUCUUUGUAGCCUAUGCUUGCUUUCAGAGCCUGGGGAUGGCUUAGGAAAGGGCCUCACCCUGAGACCAGCUGCUGGGGCUGAUGGAAGUUGUAGUCCAGUAACAUCUGGAGGGCCAAAGGUUAACCCCCCCUCCCCCCAGGUCUGGUCUGCACUGACUGGCAGCCUCUGCCUUCCAGGGCCCUAGGCCAGGGACAUUCCCAAGCCCUACCUAGAGAUUAGUUUUAUUUGGGGGGGGGUAUUUGUUUUGUUUUGUUUUGUUAUGUAUUUUGCAUUCUCAUUCUACAGUGGUACCUCAGGUUAAGUACUUAAUUCGUUCCGGAGGUCCGUUCUUAACCUGAAACUGUUCUUAACCUGAAGCACCACUUUAGCUAAUGGGGCCUCCUGAUGCAGCCGCGCCACCGGAGCACGAUUUCUGAUCUUAUCCUGAAGCAAAGUUAUUAACCUGAAGCACUAUUUCUGGGUUAUCGGAGUGUGUAACCUGAAGCGUAUGUAACCCGAGGUACCACUGUAUAUGCUUAUGUUGUAAACAAUCCUGUGAUCUUUGGAUGAAGGGCUUUAUACAAAUUUAAUUAUUGAUGGUGAUUAUUAUGAUGAUAAUAAAUAUCUAACCUUUAUCUCCCAGGAGCUCAAAGUGGAGUACAUGGUUCUUCUCCCCACUCCUCACUGAAUCCCCACAACAGCAACCCUCAAGGUAGGUUAGGCUGAGUGGCCCAAGGCCAGCCCACGAGAGCUUUGUGGCUGAGUGGGGAUUCGAACCCUGGACUCUCCCGGGUGCUUAUCUGAUGCUGCAACCACUACACCACGCUGGUGCUCUGCUACUGGGGAUUGAACUUGCAACCUUCUGCAUGCAAAGUGGAGGAUCUAGCAUUGAGAUACGACUCUUCUUAUGCCACUCACAGCGUUAAAUGGAACAGGUUGCAUGCCUCCUUUCUCUCCAUGGCAAGAUAAUUCGUUCAGGCUUUGCCUCUGGAGGUGCAGUGUCAGAGCAAGGCCAAAGCAAGCUCAGAGUGGGAAUGCCAGGGUUCAAAUCCUCAUCUCAUCUAUCAGGCUAUUGCCUCUCAGCAUGACCUACCUCGCAGGGUUGUCGUGAGAGGCUAACAUGGGAAGAGGGAGAGCCAGGUAUGCCACCCUGGAGGAAAAGGUGAGACAGACAUGCAAAAUAUAAAUCUGUUGACCCACUGAGAACCCAGGUUAAUACAAGGGAAGCAGAGAGGCAAGCUGGCGCUGAAACCAUAAAUCACAUUUUCAGAAUAAGUAAAUAAACCAAACAGGGUGGAAAGUCAGAAGGCAGCGGAGCCAACUUUGCAGCCGUAUUCGUACCAGCAAUCCAUCGAUCAGGAGCCUUGCUUUAAAGGAGAGGAUUUAACCUGGCGCCUGAAUGCUACAAUUGAAGACACUUAUUUGGGGGUGCCACCAGCGAAAAGGCCCUACCCCUUGGCAUGUGUGUUUGGGGGUGGGAAGUUCCUGAAGAACUGCCUCAGAAGAAGGUUUUUAAGGCCACCCAUAGGGCUGCCAUUUCCCUGCCUGUUUUAUCCUUUGCAAACAACCCUCCGAGGUAGGCUUGUCUGAGAGAGAGGCCUCCAGUUCUUUCAGCCUGGCAUGUAACUGCUGCACCGGUGGUGAGGAACAUCUGUGGCACUCCAGAUGUGGUCAGGAUCCCAGCACGCAUCAGCCCCAGCCACCUGGAGGUCUAUGCCCCGCAACCGCUUCACUACGCCUCCCUGCCUCUCAGUGUGGGCUAAUUGAAGUUGGGAGGUUGACGGAUCAAGCCUCUGCCUUUUAGCUGAUGGAAACAUUUAAGAAUUGAUUGAGUCAAAGUUAAAUGGCGACAGUACAAAACCUCAGCAAAGUUUUCUUGUUCAGGACCGUCGAGGACAGGCAGAGAGGUGAAAAUGAAAAGACAGGCCUGUCUAGACCAAGCAAAGUGCGGUAUUUUUCACUCCAUAAGAUGCACCUAGUUUUUAGAGGAGGAAAACAAGAAAAAAAAAUAUUCUGAACGAAACAGUGGAUGUAUGGUUUUAGUGGUUCAUGCUGUGGCCACAGACAUGAUGUGUGAUUUGACGGUGAGUUUGGGCUAGCCCAAUGCAAAAAUCCUGAGGAUCCUUGUGGAUCCAUGCUUUGUAACCACGUUUUUGCGCCAUUGAGGCCCCACGAAACAGUGGAUGCGUGGGGCUUUUUUGGUGCAGGCUGUAGCCAUGGACAUGCAAUGUGAUCUAAUGGUGAAUUUGGGGUGACCCAAUGCAAACAUCCUGAGGAUCCAUGGGCUUUUACCUCCCCCCUCCCAGGCAGCCUCCUUUAUUGCUAGCGUCCCUUAUCUCCCUCCCCGAUUGCUUGCCGAUCAGCGGCUUUGUUUCAACACCCACUUCCCUCUUUCAAAAAAAGAGAGCAUGAUCUGCUUUUCGCCCCUGGGCAAUUCGGCUCCAGGGACCACGCAUUCACUCCACAAGACGCACAGACAUUUCCCUUUACUUUUUAGGAAGUGCGUCUUAUGGAGUGAAAAAUACGGUAAUAGCACUGCUGUAUUCUGCCUUGGUCAGGCCAUAACUGGAGUCCUGUGUCUGGUUCUGGGCACCACAAUUUAAGAAGGAUGUUGACAGGCUGGAAGGUGUGUAGAGGAGAACAACCAGGAUGAUCAAGGGUCUGGAAACCAGGCCUUAGGCGGAGUGGUUGAGGGAGUUGGGUCUGUUUAGCCUGGAAAAGAGGAGACUGAGAAGUGAUGUGGUAGCCAGCUUCAAAUAAAGGCAACUACCAAUUUAGACAUGUCUGAUUGAUAUGCGAUUGCACACACACACACGCAGCGCCAAACCUGGAAGUGACCUGAAAAUGUCACCCAAAUGGCACCAGAAGGGCGGGGCAGUGUGGAACGGAACACUUAACAUGGGCCCCCCUGGGGCCCAGAAUGUAAAGGUAAAGGGACCCCUGACCAUUAGGUCCAGUCGUGACUGACUCUGGGGUUGCGGCGCUCAUCUCGCUUUACUGGCCGAGGGAGCCGGCGUACAGCUUCCGGGUCAUGUGGCCAGCAUGACUAAGCCGCUUCUGGCGAACCAGAGCAGCGCAUGGAAAUGCCGUUUCCCUUCCCGCUGGAGUGGUACCUAUUUAUCUACUUACACUUUGACAUGCUUUCGAACUGCUAGGUAGGCAGGAGCAGGGACCGAGCCGAACCGCAACCUUCUGAUCGGCAAGUCCUAGGCUCUGUGGUUUAACCCACAGCGCCACCUGUGUCCUGAUCCAGAAUGUAACCCCAUGCAAAAGAAAGACUGCCUGAACCUGGAACAUGGAAGGCUGUCACAUGGAAGAUGGAGCAAGCUUGUUUUCUCCUGCUGUGGAGGGUAAGACUCGAACCAAUAGCUUCAAAUUACAAGGAGAUUCUGACUCAACAUCAAGAAAAACUUUCUGACAUGUAGGGGCUGUGUAACAAUGGAACGGUCUCCCUUGGGAGAUGGUGGACUCUCCUUCCUUGGAGGUUUUUAAGCAGAGGUUGGAUGGCCAUCUGUCAUGGAUGCUUGAGCUCGUGAUUCCUGCAUCGCAGAGGGUUGGACCAGAUGACCCCUGGGUCCCUUCCAGUUCCACAGCUCUGUGAUUUGACACUUUUUGGGGUCCUAGCAACUUAGUGCUGUAACCCUGAAUACGUCCAUGCUCAGUAACUCCUUUGGAGAAGGGUGUGCUUCUGUAGCAAACAAAGGUCCCGCUCUGCUAAGCCCAGCAAUCUUGGCUACCAUUGCAGCUGACCACCACCCCUCCUCUUUUGUCUUCUGGGUGACAUUCCUGGGCUGGUGGGACUCCGGGUGCCGGUUGCCAACCCUGUAGUGAUAUCCUGACAAAUCGCAGUUCUAAAGAGGAGGUUGAAAGCAAUGAAAGUCAUGGAUUGAGUACAGGCAGUGGGCCAAACUGAUCCUCCAGGAGCAGCUAUGAACUGCAGAUUUCAGCCACGGGAAACUGGCUAUGGAGCACACACAAAGCAAGUUUUUAGCCCUCAUGGGUGAGAAUAAGCAUUUUAUAGGGAAGCUUUUAAUGUUUAACAGACCACUGUAUUUUAAUACUUUGUUGGAAGCCACCCAGGGUGGCUGGGGAGACCCAGCAGGAUGGGCAGGGUAUAAAUAAUAAAUUAUUAUUAUUAUUGUGCAAAAAAAUCUGAAGCCAGUUGAAGAGAAGCUGAGUAAGGUUUAGCAUAACCAAGGGGGUGGAUUCAGUGCCCUGAAAAUCUCCCAUCUCCCCCACUCAGUGACUAGAAAAUUAAGGUAAAUUACUCUCCUACUGUUUGCCUCCAAGUCUGCUUUAGCUUGCAGGGUUUGUGGCACAAGCUCUUGCUCUUGAGCAAGGACGAAAAGAGCAGAGAUACUGUCCUUUGGCCUCCUUGCUCUGCUGCCUCAAAAUUAAUCUGUUCUCCUCUCCUACGCCGUAAUUGUUAAUAGAGAGGCAGGCGUGACUUUUCCCCAGAAGGGUCAUCAUUCUACGGGUAAGUCAGCUCCAGAGCCAGUUCAGUCGAAAGGUGCAUGCAAGAGCAUGCCAGCUGUGCAUGUGUGCACCUCCUACCCCCCACCCUGGGGGGACUGGUUUUGCCACAGGCUUUCUGUUGGAAACCACGCAAGGCUCUCCCAGUGACACCCUCUCUAAAUGUGGAUUUGCACAAUGCCAUCAUGCGAAGUCGGUGGAGAAUUCAUAUUUUGUUCUCCCCUAAAAAACCCUGCUGGGAUUCUGUCCCUUUGGGGGAAUGGUCAGGAGAUGCCAGGGCCGUCUUAAGCAUAUCUGGCACUGUGGUGCAAAGAUCCCUCUGGCACACACACACCCUUUCCCAGAGUUUCAGCCUUUUUUUAGGGCUGGAGGAGGCGGGCAGUUCGUUCGGUGUUCCCCAGACUCUCGCCUGGCGCCCUCCAGAACUUGGCGCCCUGGCGUCCCGCGCCACUAGCCUCUAUGGGUAAGGCGGGCCUGGUAGGUGCAUUGCAAUAAUACAACUCAUUCACAGGCAGCUUCAUGUGCUGAUUGCAUUGGGCAUCUUUUUGCAGUAUUGCAGCAGCAGCCCUGCAAGCCAGGAGCAACCCCCUCCCCCCCAAAAAAGGCGUCAGGUUUCAAAAUGUUUAAGAGCCCCUUCGGUGCUUCAGCAGCACACUCCAUUGUCUCUUGAGACAGAUCGGUGCCAACAAAGAGCAUAAGAAGAGCUUGCUUCUACUUUAGAGGUUAUCUUUCAAGAAGUGGCUGUUUUCUGUAGUUUGUGCAAGGUGCUGAGAGGUCUUAGGAGGCCCACCCCUAUUCCCCUCCUAGAACUACAGUUCCCAGAGUGGUUUAACACACGGGUGAUGGAGCCAACUUGUUUUCUCCUGCUCUGGGAGGUAGCACCCAAACCAGUGGAUUCAAAUUUCAAGCAAGGAGAUUGAGAUUAAACCUCUAGCACAACAUUCUGUACUCACCAAAUGCCACAAUAGGAACCGCUCCUGCUCCCCCAAAUUAGGAGCUGACGGCAACAGAGUCUGAAGGCAUAGGCCCUUUCUCAGUGCCUGGAAGUCAGUAGCCUAUUUCCUCUAAAUGGGGAGGGAUACCUCACUCUGCAGCAGUGAGUUCCAUAGGCACUGCAUCCCAUUGGCUUUGAGAGACUGCCCUGAGUUGCAGAACAAUGGGGGAGGGAGAAAACCCCCUCUCUCUAUCUGCACUCUGUCAGCGACCCACCGGGCAGGACUGUAAGGGAGACACAUACGGAAGAAUGAGGACUAUAUGCAAGUUAUCUUUGGACUAUCUGGGUAUUAUACUUUGCAGUGGAGAGAGGGCUUUGCAUAGGCAGGGCUCUUUAAAAAUAAUUAUUAUUAUGUGCCAAGAUAACCUGAGCUCAGUUCAUGAUUAUGCAAAUCAUGAAGAUUUGCAUGCAUUUUACAUAAUUCUACAUUUCAUCAUGCAGAAUGAGGAGCCCUCACCCCUGGCUUCCCGCAAGCUUUGCUUAGCCCCCCUAUGUUUCCAUCCUUAUCUCUGCAAGGGCAAAAAAAAAUUGGCCUUUUUUAUUAGCAAUAGUAGAAUAGAAUAGAAAGCUAAAAUCGCGAUGUAUCCCCUGGGGUCGUUCCGAUAUAUGGUGGCCCCCAUCGCCGUGGUCAUCUCCUCCUGUCAGAGUGAUGGUCACUCUGUUAGCUGAGAAGAAAAUGCCGCAGUUAUGAGAUCACGUUCCAGGGAUGAUUGAUAGCAGAUGGGCUGAUGGAUCAGCCUGCAAAACAUGUAAUCUCUAAGCAAUGGUGACCUUUUAAUGCCAUGCUCAGAAUUGCUGGAACUGGAUUCCCAAGAGCCGUGUGGGUGGGGGGGGCGUGCCUGGUGCUGGCGCAGUCUCUGCAAGCUUGUGUGAAUGCUGAUUUGGGUUAGCCAAGGAGGGGUCAAGGAGCUAAACUAAACAUGAUGGAUAGACCUCAUUUGGGGACGUGGCUGCUUUGGGGACAUGGCUGUCCGUGGGGAGGGGAGGGGGCACAGAUAAGCCAUAUCUUUAAUUUUAAAUUUUAAUUUUAUAAAGGAUAUAAUACGAGCCCUUCUGGAUCAAGCCAGUGGCCCACCUACUGCAGCAUUUUGUUGAACAGAUGCCUUUUGGAAUCCUGUACGCAGGACCCAAGCACAAGAGCCAUGCUUAUUGAUUUUACUUAUUUCAUAAAAUUUAUACACCACUUGGUUGUAAAAAAAACACCAUCACCAAAAAACCAAAAAAAGAAUAAAGCAUUUAUCAGUAAAAACAGCCAACGCUUAUUUAAAACGUUAAAAAAAAGUAGUAUCGGCAAUAAAUUAAAAACAGAUUAAAACAUACACCAACGUUCUACAUGUCUGGGUAAAGGUAAAGGUAAAGGGACCCCUGACCGUUAACUCUAGUUGUGACCGACUCUAGGGUUGCAGCGCUCAUCUCGCUUUAUUGGCCGAGGGAGCCGGCAUGCAGCUUCCGGGUCAUGUGGCCAGCAUGACUAAGCCGCUUCUGGCAAACCAGAGCAGCGCACGGAAAUGCCGUUUACCUUCCCGCCGGAGCGGUACCUAUUUACCUACUUGUACUUUGACGUGCUUUCGAACUGCUAGGUUGGCAGGAGCAGGGACUGAGCAACAGGAGCUCACCCCAUUGUGGGGAUUCGAACAGCCGACCUUCUGAUUGGCAAGUCCUAGACUCUGUGGUUUAGACCACAGCACCACCCGCAUCUCUACAUGUCUGGGUACGGUUGCCUAAAUGAAAAUGGCCUUAGCAGGUGCCGGCAUCAAUACAGUGUUUUGACAAAGCAUUGUGGAUCACACCAAGAUUCUUGGGUGGCAGGUGUUAACCACUGUGCACACAGUGCAAAAAAGGACUGUGGAUGCAGUCAGCGCAUGAAGAUUGGCUUUGUGCAGUGUCUGGUCAACGCAGUGAUAGAAUCAUAGAGUCAGGAAGAACCUUAGAGACCAUCUUCUCCAGCCCCUGCUUAGGGCAGGGCAGGCAAUGCAGGAACGUAAGCAUCCCUGGCAGAAAGCUGCCUGGCCUCUGCCUAAGUACCUCCGGCAAAGGAAGCAGGUUGUUGCAGUGGUGAACACCUCCUAUCAUAACGAAGUCUCUGCUGAUGUUUAGCCAAAAUCUGCCUUGUCUUGCCCUGCGGGGCAACAUUGACAGCACCCAAGCAGAAUACGCAGAUCCUCCUCUCUUGGGGCACUUUCGAAUGUCACCGCUCCUGUGUGGGUGUUUUUGGAGGAGAUCUCCUGGAAGAGUGCCGUGUGUGGCUGAGCAUGAUGUUCCUUUGUAUCUGCCCAGCAACCUAUAACUUUCCAUUAAAAGGCCGCUGUCUCCAAACCGUCUCAAUUUUUAUUUUAUUUCCUACCUGCCCUUUAUCUGCUGCCUGGAAGGAAAUGGUAGGAACCUCAGCAGGCUGCUGAAAAUAAUACCAGCUGGCCUUUGCUAAUUCAUAUUAUUAUAUCAUUGACAAGCUGAAAGGUGUGCAGAGGAGGGCGACCAAGAUGAUCAAGGGCCUGGAAAGUAAGCCUUAGGAGGAAGGGCUGAGGGAGCUGGGAACGUUUAGCCUAGAAAAGAAGAGACUGAGAGAAGAUAUGAUAACCAGCUUCAAAUAUCUCAAGGUCUGUCCCAUGGAAGAUGGAGCAAGCUUGUUUUCUCCUGCUGCGGAGGGUAGGACUCGAACCCAUGGCUUAAAGUUACAAAAAAUGAGAUUCCGACUAAACAUCAGGAAGAACUUUCUGACAGUGGAACAGUCUCCUUUGGGAGGUUGUGGGCUUUCCUUCCUUGGAGGUUUUUAAGCAGAGGUCGGAUGGCCACCAGUCAGGGAUGCUUUCGCUGAGAUUCCUGCAUUUCAGGGGGUUGGACUAGAUGACCCUUGGGAUCCCUUCCAGCACUAUGAUUUUGACUCCUUGGCAUGCUGGUUUGGUUUUUUUAAACUGCCCCUGUUCUAAUGUUGCCUGUGCUCCCCUUCUGAGCCGGAGCCUGGAGCCAGCCAGUGCUGUACUGACAGAUGAACACAGGCGUGGCCAGUCACGAAAUGCGCCCCCCGGGGAGGUGGCCAAGUCCUGGGAUGGGGGCAGGCUGUGUGUUCCUGCACGAGGGGCGUGGGGUGCGCUGGCUGCUUCAGGAACGGUCUGUGUCAUUAUGCCAUCUGGGCCCCGGCUUGUGCCAGCACAGAGAGCGAUUCAAACAAGGCAUCCUGGCGCCAGGAGGUGAGCGUGGGAGCCGGAAAACGGAGGCUUUUUUCUCAAGAGCAACAUCACCCUCCGUUCGCAAAGAAGCUCAUUUCGGGAGGCUGGCCUGGCUUCCAGGAAAGGGUGAGCAGCCAAAGAUUCUUCCAAACCAGCAUUCCAACCCUUGUGGGGACCACCCCCUGGGAAAAGCCUAGCUGCGCUGUCCAGACAUCUGCCCCCCAGCCCUACUACCUUAAAGCAGGCUGCUUCAGCUUGCUGCAUGGUGGGGCCAGCCCCAGUUCCCUCUUCUGCAUGCCAGCCCUCGACCCCACACUUCUUUUUCCUCCUCCAAACGUCCUGCCUUCCAUCUCUGCUUCUCUUCGGGGAGUCCUUUCUGUGAAGACUGGCUCAAGGGAUUUUUGUUCUUUUCCCGUGCUAAGUGAAUGAAUCUCUUCCCCACCUCUCUCUGGCUUGGAAAUCCAUGCAGCCCGAAAUAGCUCCUUUGCAAUGAAGAGGAGAGGGAGGUCGGGGUGUGUGUGUGUGUGGAGGGGUGGAGAUGCAUUAUUUAGUAUCCAGGAUGCGCUUGGCGCCUUCUCUGCCCACACAAGACGGCAGCAUUAGGGAUUCUCCUUGUGUCUGCAGUGCCUCUGCAGAAACGCCUCUUGACUGCCAAAGGGAGGCCUGUGCUCAUUAAACUCCCCCCUCCCCCCGCCAAAUAAUUCUGAUGAGGCUCCAUCCAUCACGCUCUUCUGCAAGCGCAUUUCAUUCUGCAAGUGGGACAUGACUGAUGCUUGUGAAAUCAUGCACAGCCCUAAGAAGUGUGUACAGGGGAGGUUUUCACCUUCUGCCAUCCUAUUUUAGCUCAGGGUGGGAUUGGCGGGGAGAUCACUAAAUGAAAUGCACUUUUCACCAAAUGCACAUGUUUCAUGUGCCGAUGGACUCCGCUGCCAUGUUGAGGGUGUUUUCUGGCAUAUAUUAAGAUGCAAGCGCAUGGCUGGCUGGCUCCCACUGAAUCAUGUUUCAUUUUGGUACUGAUUUGGUACAUAUUGCUAUCCACUACUGCGGGGCCUCGUUCCUGCAAGAAGAGCCAUCCUGUUUUCUUGUCUCACUUCAGAUAAAACUCAUUCGGGUUCAAAUGUCGUAUCCAGCCAUGUACCGGUACUCUGAAUCUAUAAUAGCAAGUUGCCAUCUGACUCUUUGUUUUGCUUCGUUGCAAAAUAUUUAAACCACUUAGUAAAGUUUUUUUCUAAAUAAAAACUUCAACAACAACAACAACGAAAGAUCAGCAGGGUGGAAUCUACACAUGUUAAAAUCGUGAAAAUGCUUUUUAAAAAACUGUUUUGAAAAAUGCAUUGAAUCUGCUAUAGCUCACAGUCGUCAUCUGGUGUCACAAUUGUAUAUUGCACUUUGCAACACAUUCAAAAUUUUGUAUUUGCAGCUGUAUAUCUGAGUCCCAGGUAAAUUUAGAGCAGAUAAUAUUUUAUGCAUGCAUGCAUUUAUUUAUUAAAUUUGUAUACCACCCUUCAUCUGUAGAUCUCGGGGCAGUUCACGGCAUACAAAUACAAGAUAAAAACACAAAAGACAUAAUAAAAACAAGAACAAAGGGGGGGAGAGAUUAAAAGGUUUUUUAAAAAAUGUUUUCUUCACAAAGCUAACUUUUGGAAUUCACUGACACAAAAUAUGGUGAGGGGCAGUGGCUUAGGAGGCUAUUGAAAAGGAUUAUAUAACUUCGUGGAGAAGUGGUGGCUAUUUUAGGGGCUAGUGGUCAGGGCACCUAAAUGAAGCUUCCAUGUUAACACAAAGUCUACCUCUGAAUACUGCCGGUUGGGGACAGCUGAGAUCCUGAGCUCUGCUUCUGGCCUUCUCAGAGGCAUCUGGCUAGUUGCUGUUGGAAAAAUGAGAAAUUUUCGUCAGAUCUCUCAGAGGCUCAUAAUAGGGAAGUCGGUGGUGGUGUAGUGGUUAAUUGUUGGACUAAGACCCGGGAGACCAGGGUUCAAAUCCUUCUUGGCCAUAAAGUUCACUGGGUGACCUUGCGCCAAUCACUGACUCUCUGCGUAAGCUCUACCUCACAGGGUGGGUGGGGGGGAAUGUGAGAUAGAAAUGCAGUAAAUGACUGCAUGAAUGUUCUCCAUCCCCACACCAAUAAAAGUUCAGGACUCUGAUCAUAUCUUACCUGCACGGGAUUAACGGUGCCCAAAAUGCUUUUUGUGCAGCUGCAGUAAACAUGAUUUGCCAGUUAAGCUUUCUGUUCUGGAGGAGGCGGGUGUCCAGUGGGCAUCUCCACCUGGGCAGGUGCUUGGCGGUGGUUGUCUCAGGGUGGGGGGGUGGAGCUGAGGUAUUCCGGUGGCUGCUUUGGUCCUCUGAGAUGAAACCUAGGUGGAGGGAGAAGGGUUGUCCUAUUACUGGCUUUCUAAACAGAGGCAGGACCAGGGGGAGUGCUGCAUGGAGGUUGCUGUUAGGAGUCUCUUGACACUCUUGCAUCGCACGGGGUUGGGCUAGAUGACCUUUGGGGGUCCCUCCCAACUCCAUGAUUCUGCCUUCUUUGUGGGAGGGGAGUUGUGCAUUGGAAUGCAGGCCCAUAAGGAAAUGUGAACCAGAAGGGCGGUGCAAAUUGAGGCAGAAUCUGGCAGGGUUUUGUAUGCUAAAGAAAAAGUAAGUUGGACUGGUUUCUGUGUCCUUUACACGGUGCAAAUAUUUUUGUUGGUCAUGCACCAUUUAUCCCGAUGUGGAGUUAAAGCUCCAAAAUGCUGGGAGUCCUUUUCACACACACACGCGCGUGCACACACACACACACACACACACACACACACACACACCAUCAUCAUCAUCAAUUAUUCCUAGCCUGGCAGCCGUGGAAUCAUAGAAUGGUGGGGUUGGAAGGGAUCUCCAGGGAUCAUCUAGUCCAACCCCCUUCAAUGCAGGAAUCUCAGCUGAAGUACCCCUGACAGAUGCCCACCCAAUGGAGGGCCCAGCUCCUUUUGAGGUAACGCAAGCCACUGUCACACAGCUCUUACUGUCAGAAAGUUCUUCUAAUGUUUAGCUGGCAUCUCUCAUUUGAAUCUACAGUGGUACCUCGGGUUAAGAACUUAAUUCGUUCUGGAGGUCCGUUCUUAACCUGAGGUACCACUUUAGCUAAUGGGGCCUCCCGCUGCCACCUCAUCCUGAGGUAAAGUUCUUAACCUGAGGUACUAUUUUUGCGUUAGCGGAGUCUGUAACCUGAAGCGUCUGUAACCUGAAGCAUCUGUAACCCGAGAUACCACUAUACUGGUUCAGGUCCCAACCUCUGAAGGAGCUGCAGGUGUCAGUCUUGCUCAAACUUCCAAGUGGUUUGUUGUUGUUUAGUCAUGUCCGACUCUUCCUGACCCCAUGGACCAGAGCACGCCAGGCACUCCUGUCUUCCCCUGCCUCCCACAGUUUGGUCAAACUCAUGUUGGUAGCUUCAAGAACACUGUCCCACCAUCUCGUCCUCCGUCGUCCCCUUCUCCUUGUGUCCUCCAUCUUUCCCAACAUCAGGGUCUUUUCCAGGGAGUCUUCUCUUCUCAUGUGGUAGCCAAAGUAUUGGAGCCUAAGCUUCAGAAUCUGUCCUUCCAGUGAGCACUCAGGGCUGAUUUCCUUCAGAAUGGAUCGGUUGGAUCUUCUUGCAGUCCAUGGGACUCUCAAGAGUCUCCUCCAGCACCAUAAUUCAAAAGCAUCAAUUCUUCGGCGAUCAGCCUUCUUGAUGGUCCAGCUCUCCCUUCCAUACAUCACUACUGGGAAAACCAUAGCUUUAACUUAUACGGAUCUUUGUUGGCAAGGUGAUGUCUCUGCUUUUUAAGAUGCUGUCCAGGUUUGUCAUUGCUUUUCUCCCAAGAAGCAAACCUGCUUUUAAGAAUUAAUAAUAACAGUAGCGAUUGAGCCCCUCUGAUAUCAGAUCCAGCAGCUUUUGGCCUCUUCCCCUGAACAGACGGAUGUGUUCAGAACCUGUGCAGAGGAACCAAAGCACAGGUCUCAGGAGGAGCCAAUCCCUUCACCCUUGCCCUGGGGUGCAAAUAUUCUUUGGCUUCCAGUCCCGAUUUCAAAGCAGUGAGCGGCUCUGCAUGAGUGCUGAGGGCAGAAGAGGGCAGCAGCCAGCUGGCACCCAUCCCUGGCAUGGCUCCCCUUCUCACGCCUUGGAGAUGUUCUCAGCUCCCAACAGCCCGAGGGGGCAGCCUCCGCCAUCCUGAGGAAGCAGAAAGGGCUCUCCACGCAGCUGCACUGCCCUACUGGGGUAUGGGGCUGUAGCAGCCCACGCCUGGGCAGUCCCAGCAGUUCAAAAGUGGAAACAGAUCUCUUAGGAGGGCCUUUGCCCAGGACUGAUGGGAGUUGUAGUCUGAAACCGCUAGAAGGCCUCCUGGCUGGGGGAAAGGGUGUGUUCGAAGGAACAGGCAGCACCUGGCUCUGCCCUGGGGCAAAGGGCAGAUUUUGGUUCCACAGGUGCAUAUCUGGUAUGUGUGUGUGUUAGGGAAGAGAGAAUCCAUGUUCUUAGCCACAGGCAGAGGUUGCAGUGGCAAUGCUUCAGAGCUUUGGCGGAGCGGCUGCUGUCCUUUCAGCAGGGAUCAUACCCUGUCCCUCUUUUUUGUGUAAACAAGAACACAGCUGGCUGGUCUUUCUUUCUUUCCUUCCUUCCUUCCUUCCUUCCUUCCUUCCUUCCUUCCUUCCCCUCUCUCCCUCUCUCUGUGUGUUCACACUUUGUGGCUAAAUUUAGCUUUCUAAACAGCUUGCCCUGUGUAAUAAUUCAUGGAUUGAUCAAGAGGUCACAGCUUAACGGGGACCAAGUGGUUGCCUGGGGCGGGGGCUGUUCUUGCCUGCUUGCUGCCUUCAACCCUGGACCCAAGGUUGUGGGUGGGGGGAGGCUAGGCUAGGCUAAUCCAUCCUUCUGACUGAGUAGGUGGAGAGCAAAGUUCAGGGCAGGGUGGAGAAAGGCUACUGAUGGAAGGUCAAGCAAGGAAGGCUUAAAACACAGCUGAGACUGACCUUGGGACCCGUGCCUCUGAGUGCAUGAAGCAAAUGCAGGCGCCUCUGAGGAUGUGCAGAGUUCACACAUCUGCACCCCAUUGAGUAAGCACACCCUGCAUUCCAAGACUGAGCCCUUCAAAUCAAAGGAUGAAAUCAGAGGGCCUUCUUGGUAGUGGCGCCACCCUGUGGAACAUCCACCCAUCAGAUGUCAAGAAAAUAAGCAGCUAUCUGACUUUUAGAAGACAUCUGAAAGCAGCCCUGUUUUUAAUGUCUGGUUUUUAUUGUAUUUUUAAUAUUUUGUAGCUACCCAGCUACCCAGAGUGGCUGGAGAAACCCAGACAGAUGGGCAGGGUAUAAAUAAUAAAUUAUUAUUAUCAUCAUCAUUCGUCUGACUUUCUCUCCAAAUGAUUUUAUUUGGGGUUUGGGGAGGGCUGUUUUGUUUGCUACAACACACACACAGAAACUGCUCCGUUCUGCUGCUCCGUUCAAAACCCGCUUUAAUGAAUAUUUAAGUGGUGCAGCCACAUCAGGGGCCGUUUCAGUCUGACGGCCCCCCCGCAAGUGGUCUUUGAACAUUCCCACUGCAGGCCUAAGUUGCCUCUCUCCCUCCUGAGCUGAGAUAAAAAAAGCCCAGCACAUACGGUUGAGAGAGAGAGAGAGAGGAAGGAGGGGGAGGGACUUUGCAGUCUGCAAUUAACAAAAAUCAGGGUGGGCAAUGCAGCAGGAGGCUUUGGGUGCAAAUGGUUGCAUUUACAAAUUGACCAGCAUGAAAUCUAGAGGUGGAAAUUGGAUAGGUAUUUUUAUCUACUCGCCAUGUGACAGGGCUGCUGUCGUGACCUUUCCCCCCACCAACUGCAAAGGUGUGGUGUGCAAAGCCUUGGGGCCAAGCUGGAUGGCAACUGGCCACCCUAACGCACCUCUCUGCCCUCUUCCUUCCCGCAGUAUGAAUUUAAGGCCAAGAACAUCAAAAAGAAGAAGGUCAACAUCAUCAUCUCGGUGGAUGGAGUGAAAGUGAUCUUGCGCAAGAAGCAGAAGGUGAGGAGUGGGGGCCUAGACGAGUCAUGCUGGAGAGCUGGGAGGGGGCAGGGAAAGGGCCCCCGCCUUCUCAUCCUGCAAAAAAACGAUCAAGGGGAUGCAGAGCAAACUCCCUUAGCAACCUUUGAGACUUCUUGGUUUGGAAAGAAGGGGAGGGGAGAUUGUGAAAGUGUUGGAAAUCAUUGAUUGCGAAAAAUUGGAAAAGUGGUAUUAUACCGACAAAAGCAGAGUUCCUUGCCAAAUUAUUGGAGUAUUGCAAUAUAUCCAAAACAAUGGGAGAAAUUGGAAGGAUCUCAAAAGAGAAGAUAGACAGGGACUGGAAGGUGUUUAAAGGAUACUUGCAAAACCAUAUUGAAAAAUCAGAACUCCGAUUAGAAUAAACAAGUUCCGUUUUAAAUACUGAAAUACUAAAUAAGAUGGGUAACAAUGUGUAACAGAAAAAGAAGCAUGAAAUUAGGUUAAAGGUGUGUGAAAGAAAGUAAUAGAAGUGGAAAGAAAUUGCAAUUGAGUAGAUUGGAAGUCUAACACAAAGGUGGGGUGAGGGGUGGUGGAUGGUGAUGGGAAAAGGAAAUAUCUGUGGGAUUGAGUGUAGGUAUGUUUGAACAUUUUUAAGGAUUGUAUGAAAUGUAUGUUUGUAUGCUUGUAUAUUCUCAAUAUGUGUGUAUUAAUGCUGAAUUAUUUUAAUAAUAAAAACUUUUCAAAUAAAUAAAUAAAUAAAAUCAUGCAUGAGGUUGAAGAAGUAGAUGGACCUUUCAUUUCCCUCUCUACUAAUUCUAGAAACUAAUGGGGUCCUCCGGUGAUGCUGAGUGCUGGGAGAUUCAGGACAGGCGAAAUAAAGUACACAGUUAAACUGUGGAACUCACGUCCACAGGAGGCAGAGAUGGCCACCAACUUAGAUUGCAUUAAAAGGGCGCUAGGCAAAUUCAUGGAGGAGGAGAGGGCUAUACUAAUUCUUUGUUCCUGUCUGCAGAGAAAGGAGUGGGCCUGGGAUGAGGGCAAGAUGGUGGUCAUGCACGACCCGGUUUACAGGUAGGUUGCUGCGGAUUCUCUACUUGCACGCAAGGAUCCAGCGCGGCUCCAAAGUGUAAUAUAGUAUCAACUCAUUCAAAUAUCCCCUUUGCAAACAAAUAAGAUUUAUAAAAAUAAAUGGUGUUGUCCACCUGUGAGUUCCAUUGUUUUUGAGAAUGGAGGUUCUGUGUACUCUUAAAGGAACCAGACUUUCAUAUAUACUGGUGGCAGUGAGUGGCCUUAAUAACUAUGAUAAAUAAAAACACAACAUAUAUGCAAAGCUGCCCUAUUCUUCCAGAUUGGCCAGAGAUGACAAGGAGCAGAUUGACCCCUGCCCCUUUGGUGGGCUAAAAGGUGGCCACUAGUGGCUCAGCUCCCUUCAGUUGCCCCCCUGCCCAUUGGGCACAUAUGGGUCCUGCUGUCCUCAAUAGGGAAUGCCAACCUAGCCUCCGUUCCAGCUGGUCUCCGCAGUGCCAGCUGGCCUCUCUGUCUCUGCUGGUGCAAAUUCCUGGGGUUCCCCUGCUGACCCACCCAGGCAGUCCCUGACAGCUGUCCUCUGCACUACCAGAUUGGCAAAGCUGCUAAUUUGGUCCAGGUGGCUCAAUCCCCUAAGCUGGUAAUUGCUUCCACCUCAUUGGAGCAAAUCUGAAGGACAAUCUGCCCAGCAUUCCUGGGAAACAAGGGAAGGAUUUGGCACAGUGCAAGUCAACUCCCUUGGGAUGAGGUGGUGCUGUGGGUUAAACCCCAGAGCCUAGGACUUGCCGAUCAGAAGGUCGGAGGUUUGAAUCCCCGCGACGGGGUGAGCUCCCGUUGCUCGGUCCCUGCUCCUGCCAACCUAGCAGUUCGAAAGCACAUCAAAGUGCAAGUAGAUAAAUAGGUACCACUCCAGUGGGAAGGUAAACGGUGUUUCUGUGCGCUGCUCUGGUUCGCCAGAAGCAGCUUAGUCCUGCUGGCCACAUGACCCAGAAGCUGUACGCCGGCUCCCUCGGCCAGUAAAGUGAGAUGAGCUCCACAACCCCAGAGUCGUCCGCGACUGGACCUAAUGGUCAGGGGUCCCUUUACCUUUACCUUAAGGCAACUCCCAAGCUAUGCUGUUACCAUUCCCCUGUGGCCAGGACUUUGGAGACGCUUUUUCCUCUGGUUCACUUUGCGGACCUCCUCUCCUCAGGAUCUUCUACGUCUCUCAUGAUUCCCAGGACCUGAAGAUAUUCAGCUACAUCGCCAGGGAUGGCGCAAACAACUCUUUCCGGUGCAACGUCUUCAAAUCCAAGAAGAAGGUGGGCUGGCUUGAGCGGGGGGCCCUUUGCCACGGGACCUCCUCCUUCCCCACCACUGCUGCUGCCUUUAACUCCCCCCGUCUCUCCUCGUGCUAAGGUGGGCCUUCUCUCUCCCCACAGACGCAGGCCAUGCGUGUGGUUCGGACAGUGGGCCAGGCCUUCGAGGUCUGUCACAAGCUGAGCCUCCAACAUGCCCUGCAGAACGCCGAUGGCCAGGCAGAUGGAGCCAGCAACAACUCCGCGGAUGACCCCCAGGUGGAAGGUGAGGGGUCUGGGUCAGAUCUGAGUGGGCAUUUCAAAAGGGUUGGGGCCUGGUUUCUUAAUAUUUAAAUUUAAAAUACCUGCCUGGUGGUAGCCUUUCUCCUCGGAAGGAGGAGGAUAAACACUGACUGGUUUUUGAAGCUUCAGGGGGCACCCAAAAGAAGAUGAGAGCGUGGUGUUUGGUGUUUGUUUGUUUAUUUAAAUAACUAUUACUUCUUUGUUAUUUCAUACAUUUUAUGUAUGAUUAGAUGUUAGGGAGCAUAGAAUCAUAGAACUGUAGUAUUGGAAAGGAGCUCCUGGUGGAGUACAGGGUCAGGUUCAAGGUGCUGGUUUUGACCUUUAAAGCCCUAUAUGGCCUAGGACCCACGGACCUGCGGGACCACCUCUCCCGGUAUGCCCUGCAGAGGACCUUAAGGUCCAUAAAUAGCAACACCCUAGUGGUCCCUGGCCCUAAGGAAAUCAGAUUAGCUUCAACCAGAGCCAGGGCCUUUUCAACACUGGCUCCGGCCUGGUGGAACGCUCUGCCUCAUGAGACCAGGGCCCUGCAGGAUCUGAUUUCUUUCCGUGGGGCCUGUAAGACAGAGUUGUUCCGCCUGGCCUUUGGCUUGGGAUUAACUUGAUCCUCUCCCCCUCUUUCCUUUUCUUUCUGUGAUGGAACUCCUAUUUGGGGACUUGCGUGGCUUUUUUCUGGCCCUCGUAGGACCAGUCUGGAUAGUUGGCCUUGGUGAAGAUUUGACGUUUUCAUCCCCCAAAAGUUUUUGAUUUGAGUUUCCACUGAAAUGAGGCUGCAUUUUAAUGUUGUAUUUUAAUCUUGUUUUUUAAGUUGUAUUUCAAUCAAUUGUUUUAUAUCUGGUGUUAGCUGCCCUGAGCCCGGUCUUGGCUGGGGAGGGUGGGGUAUAAAUAAAAUUUAUUAUUAUUAUUAUUAUUAUUAUCAUUAAGGCUCAUCCAGUCCAACCCCCCCCCCCCGCAGGAAUCUCAGCCAAAGCACCCAUGACCUAUGGCCAUCCAGCCUCUGCUUCAAAACCUCCAAGGAGAGCCCAGCUCCUCCUGAGGGAGACCGUUUCACUGUUGAGUGGUUCUUACUCUCAGAGAGUUCUUCCUGGCGUUUAGUUGCAAAUCCUCAAAGCACCUUUUUUCUUGCAUUGAUGUCCCCACUCCUCAUUCAAAUCCUCAGAACACCCCUGCAAGGUAGUUUAGGCUGAGAGUCAGUCGUUGGCCCCCAAGGUCACACUGAGUGAACUUCAUGGCCAUUGGGGGUGGGUGGGGGAAGAUAGAUUUGGACCCUGGUCUCUCACGUCCAUCCUGACCAUCUAACACAUUAAUUCGUGUUUUUAAAAAAUCCAAAGCUAUGUGCAAGAGGAGCUUCUUCUUGUUGUUGUUUUUAAAUAACCGCACGUAGAACAAGAACAUAUAACAAAUGAUGCGGAGGAUGUCAGCUCCAGGAAACUUGCAAGGGUAUUGGUACUUCAAGACCUGGACCAUUGCAUUAAUGGGAAAAGUUAACAAAAUAUACCUGAACCUUAAAAAGGUAAAGGUAAAGGGACCCCUGACUGUUAGGUCCAGUUGUGGCCAACUCUGGGGUUGCGGUGCUCAUCUCGCUCUAUAGGCCAAGGGAGCCUUCGUACAGCUUCCGGGUCAUGUGGCCAGCAUGACUAAGCCGCUUCUGGCGAACCAGAGCAGCGCACGGAAACGCCGUUUACCUUCCCGCCAGAGUGGUACCUAUUUAUCUACUUGCACUUUGACGUGCUUUCGAACUGCUAGGUGGGCAGGAGCAGGGACUGAGCAACGGGAGCUCACCCCGUUGCGGGGAUUCGAACCGCCGACCUUCUGAUUGGCAAGUUCUAGGCUCUGUGGUUUAACCCACAGCGCCACCCGCAUCCCUGAACCUUACACCACCCAAAAAUGAAGGACAACUUUGUAAAUUAUGCUUGGCACCCGAUUACCAAAUGUACUAAAAAUAAAAGGGACCUCAUUGGCAGCUGCCCUCUUCUCAGUGGAGUUCUCUGGAAAAACAUUAUUGGAUAAUAUGCAGUGCUGUUUUCGGAAUGCUACCAACUCCCUCCUCGUUUCCGUCCUUUCUUUCCUCCCCCUCCCCACUUUCUUCCUUGGAUUAUUUCCCUCACUCUUUAUUACCGUUGUUAUUGCUUUCCAUGCAUUAGGAAAUGAAAAUAAAAACAAAUGUGGGCCAGGGGGGAAUGAUAUAGAUUCUGAUAUAGUACAGUUCUGUUGUUUUAUCAAGUUUCUGCUGGACAUGGCUGGGCUCAGCCCUGUGGGAAGUUUUGUCUGAAUUGACAGAAAGCCUUCAUUUGGAGCUGAAGCCCCAGUAAGCAUCAGCAAUGUCUAGGAAACACGAUGACUAUGUACAUACGCGAGAGACAAUCUUUAUAGAAUUCCUUCAAACCAUAAGAAGUACAAAAUGAAAUCUUUAGUCUCAAAGUCUCUGAAAAUCUUUAAAUGAAGCGAGGUACCAGACUUUGUACGAUGAAAGACAAGCUGUGAAGCUUUGUGUAUUCAAUGAAUAUGUCCAACACUGAACAGUGGUUCUGGAUAUUGACUACUGGUUUCGUAGAAUUCUUCGUCAGCGUGGUGGGAGGAUAUAGAAUUGCUUCAUAAACCCAUCUUAUUUCGAAUGAAUGUAUGUAAAUGCUGUGGAACAGUGCUCAUGUAAUAAUGUAGUCACAUUAUUGACUACAUUAUUACAUGAGCAGUGUUCCACAGCAUUUGAUAUUUUCAUUUAUACACAUUGACUACUUCUUAUGGUUUGAAGGAAUUCUGUAAAGAUUGUCUAUCACGUAUGUACAUGGUCAUCGUGUUGCCUAGACAUUGCUGACGUUCUCUUUGCAACACAGAAGCCCCGGUAAGUUCAACCCCUGUCUAAAUGUACCUGGAAGUGGGAAGCACCAUGUUGUCUUCUCUUGGCUGAGUUGAUAAAGGAGUUCCUGCAUGAGGUUGAAAUCGGGGGCCACCUUCAAGGCAACGCUCUCCCAGGUUGCAAGGCAGCCCCCCUCCCCCCACACAAGAUGGGCUCCCUCGCCCUUGGGAGAGUGACCCCCCCCCCCGCUCUCUGUUGUUGUGUCACUUCCAAGGUUUCCAGCUGGCUGGGGCGGCAAUGGCUGACGAAGAAAACGGCCCUGAGGGAGCGUUCGCACCUGACUUUGGAGCCUGCGAGCUGCGUUUGGCUGCACCCAACCUAGGGGUCCCACAAUCUGGGAUGAUUCUGAAGGACCGGAGCAGCCAGGUAAGAGCCCAGUGCAAUGUUUUUUCUCCCUCCGAUGAGGCCCAGAAGAGCAUGAACAGGUACCUCCACUUUGCAACUGUGUUCUGCCCUCUCAGCCACCCCUGCAAGGUAGAUUAGGCCGAGAAAGAGUGGCUGGACCAAGCUGGCCAUACUACAUGCUAGAAAAAUGCAACCUGUGCUGCUGAGAGAAGUUGUACAACUCAUGCAACACGUUGGCGAUUAAUAUACACAGAAUAAUUAUACAUACCGUAUUUUUCGCUCUAUUAGACGCACUUCUCCCCUCCUAAAAAGUAAGGGGAAAUGUGUGUGUGUGUGUUUUGCAGUGAAUGCAGGCUGCGCAGCUAUCGCUGAAGCAAGAAGAUCCCUCUUGCUCUCCUGGCUUCAGGGAUAGCCACACAAAGCCUCUUGAGCAAAGAGGGAGCACUCCUCCCUCUUCGCUCAGGAGGCUUUGCGUUGCUUUCUUGUUUCUUGUUUUCCUCUUCUAAAAACUAGGUGCGUCUUAUAGAGCGAAAAAUACAGUACUUCAUCAACCUUCUGAGAAAACCCCAAAACAUUAAACAAAGCCACAAAGACUUGCGAACUACCCAGCCUAUAAUGUCUGGUUUCAAUAGAUUUUUCAAAUGCUUAACUCAGUCUUUUAGAUAAGUUCAUGAAGAUACCAACAAAAGGUAAGUUUGGUGAUAUUCACAAUACCGAGAGAUGCUAGUAGAGUUGUAGAGACAGGGUGCCGGCGUUUUGCACCUGUUUCGCCCUGGCAGUCCAAGUAAUCAAGAGGCCGCUGUCCGCCCCCGAUGGGGCCCUUUAACUGGGGCUUGCAGGUAGCACACUCCCAAGAUAGUUUUACAGGCUUCUUCAGUGGUCUAAUCUCAAAGUCUUGAUAUGUAUAUUGAUAUUCAAUCUUAUAGAGAAUACUCUUUCUUGGCUUAAGCUUAAGAGACUUUGAGAUUAGACCACUGAAGAAACUGCGCAUGCACAGAAGUUUUCUGCGCUCUUCGCGCAUGCACAGAAGCAUUUUGCACGCUUCGCACAUGCGCAGAGGCGCUCUAUCUCGCUCUCGUGCUUGCACAGAAGCGCUGCUCUAGUUGCGGACUUUUUGGGGUGCAAACGGCACCCCGGAACGGUUCGUGUCCGCAACUAGAGUUACCACUGUAAAUAGGUUCAGCUGGAUUUUGGAUAUAUGUGCAAUUGCUACUGUUAUGAGUUUUAUAGUGUUGCUGUUGUCCUUAGUCGGCCAUGCAAACUGCUACUCUGAAUAAGGCUAUCUGCAGGGUAAUGUAGGGGGUCCUGGCAGGGGUGAAACUAGGCUUUAUUUCACCUAGGUCAAAGACCCCGUUUGGCAUACACACACCAACGCGCAUUUGCGUACACACAUACCCAGGCUGGGAGCCUCGGUGGCAGCCAUCUGGGGGCUUCACCUGGGGCAAAAACCUGGUUAGCCUUUCCCUGUCUUAGCUCCAGCACUGGGUGUUCUAGGGAUGAGUUUAUGGAACCAAGGGAGAGGUGGUCCCAAAAUAUUUGGGGAGCACUGAUUUAAGGUGUCUGUGAAGUCAAGAUGAUUAGCCCCUAGCCCACACUUUCUCAGUGAGGCAGAGGCCAGACGUGGGGGCACCACUCCUGCCCUCCACCUCUACAAACAUUUGGGGCUAGGGGCCAAACCUAGAGAAGAGAUAGGAUUUUAUUUUUAAAAUCUAUACAAAGUGGGGUUUUUUGUUUUUUUUUAUUUGUUCAUAGAAGUUCAAACUAUAACAAUAAGCACAUUAUGUUCUUAUUGUCAGGAAGUGGUUCCCCAUUUGUGGAAUACUCUCCCUAGGGAGGCUCACCUGGUGCCUUCAUUAUACACCUUUAGGCAUCAGGUGAAAUGUCCCUUGAGACCCAGUGUGGCGUAGUGGUUAAGAGCAGUGGACUCGUAAUCUGGUGAACUGGGUUCGCGUCUCCACUCCUCCACAUGCAUCUGCUGGGUGACCUUGGGCCAGUCACACUUCUCUGAAGUCUCUCAGCCCCACUCACCUCACAGGGUGUUUGUUGUGGGGGAGGAAGAGAGAGGAGAUUGUUAGCCGCUUUGAGACUCUUUCGGGUAGUGAUAAAGCGGGAUAUCAAAUCCAAACGCUUCUUCCCUCUUCAGCCAGGCCUUGGGCUGAUUAACAUUCCAUGUCCUUUUAAAUGGGGGUGGGGUUAUUGGUCUGUUUUGUUCUUAUGCUUAUUAUGUAUUUCAUAUUUUUAUCUUGUGAUCUUUUUGCUGCGAGCUGUCCUGAGAUCUUUGGAAGAAGGGUUGUAUGCAAGCUACAUAAGUAAACAAUCCAUUUUGUGCAAACAAUAAUUGCAUAAAUUCACAAAAAUCAGGGAUAAUUUGUGUCUCGGGUAAUGACUACUACUGAAACAGGAGUGCUGGUUGUCAGGAGCUCGUCCUACACUUGAGUACACUCCUCUUCCUUUCGUUCAGCACUUUUUAUCUAAUCUUUUGACAACCAUUCACAAUAAUCAGCAGAACUACUCCAGGGAGAGAGAAAAAAGUAUUUUUAAAAAGGCUUCGCGUCAUGACAUUCUGCAAGAAAUAUGUGGAGGAGCUGCAAAUCGCUUGGGCAGCCAGCAGUUCUCUUUGUGUGGCACGAAUAUGUGUUGUAGAAGGGAAGGUGUGGAGGGGGUUCCUGAUUGUCCCCUCCUUUUCGCCCCAUGCUGGAUUCCAGGAAAAUGAGACCGGGUCGCUCCGCCCUUCCUCCGCACAGCCGCUGGGCAGUCCUGCAAGCCCCAGCUCCUCCGCCUCAGUGACCCCGCUGGCCUCCCAGCACUGCCUCCAGCUCCUCCAGCACCAGCUCCUUCAGCAGCAGCAGCAGACGCAGGUGGCUGCGGCUCAGGUAACUAUGCCCCUACCUGUCUGGCAACCACCUGACUGCACUUUCUUUGACCAGUUUUCAGCAGGUCACCACCCACGCCAUUCCCCAUUCCUCUUCUGCAUUACAGUGUGUGUGUGUGUGGGUGGGUGGGUGGGUGGGUGUGUGUGGGUGUAAGAGAGAGAGGGAGAGCGCAACUAACUUCUUCCCCAAAAUGCCCCAUGUAGGAUGUUGUUGUUGUAUUUUCAUCCUGGCUUUUCGCCAGGUGACUCACACAAAUUAAAGCAAUUCAGGUAAAAAGCUAAAAUCAUGCAAAAUGCAAAUAGUUAAAAAGCAAUUAAACUCUAAAUAGAAUAAAAGCAGUGCAGAAGAAUGGGUUUUGGAAGCUUGAAAGCAAACUCUGCUUGCAACAGCAUGUAAGUGCUUGUGUGUGUGUGAGUAUGCAUAUAUGCAUAUAUUUAUAAUAUAAUAAAGGGGAUAAAAUAUGAUAGAUGGCUCAAAAGGAAAGGAAACCAAAACCAACGCGCCUCUGACAAAUCCGCUGUGGAGGAGAACUUUAUUGAUAGCUGUCACAAUGCCUAGUUGGAAACUCUGUGUUCAGAGUUUCCCUGAACUGGAGGCAAAAGCAGCAGAGAAUGGCUGUCGUCUGCCUGCGUAUGGGUUGCCCAGUGGUACCUCUAGCUGACCACCGUUAGAAGCAGAGAGUCGGGUUCAAAGGAUGCAUUGGCCUGAUCCAGCAGGGCCCCAGGUGGCUUCACUCAGCCCUCUCAGCUCAUGAGACCCUCUCAUCGUGUCCCCCCCCCACCUCCCGGCAGGUGCAGCUACUGAAAGACCAGCUGUCAGCCGAAACCACAGCCCGCGUUGAAGCUCAGGUCCGUGUCCGGCAGCUCCUGAUGACCAACCGCGACCUCCUCCAGCACGUCUCCUUGCUAGUGAGGCAGCUCAAGGAACUAGAGAUCAAGGUGCACCUGCGACAUCCAGGUGAGUGACCGGAGGAGUCUGGAGGGGGCGUGUCUCCAUGGAGGGUCACUCAAGGGCCUCUCUCUGGUGCCCAGUGAUGCACCUGAUCCUCCCUCUCUCUGCAUUAUCCUCCUAAGAACCCUGACAGGUAGCUUAGGCUCAAUAAAAUUAAAACGGUUUGUAAAGUAAGUUUGCAUGCAACACCAGAAGGUACCCAAUUAUUGCCAUUGUAUAAUUACUAUAAAAGGGCUGUAUAACCUUAGAAAGUUGUAUAGUCUGAGAAAGAGGGUGGCUGUGCGGGGCAUGGCUGCGACUGCCAUGAAGGGACCCUGAGCUUCUGAAUUCGCCACAGCACUACUGCAAUGCAGUGCAGAAUUAGAGCAAUGGAUGUGCUCAGUGGCUGGUGUGGCUUUGCGAGUUCUAUCAAAUAAAUGGCUUUAUAUCCUGAUGGAUGGGACAUGGGUGGCGCUGUGGGUUAAACCACAGAGCCUAGGAUUUGCUGGUCAGAAGGUCGGCGGUUCGAAUCCCCACUACGGGGUGAGCUGUACAGGUGAGGUGUACAGGAGUUCCUGGAAGCUGUAUGCCGGCUCCCUUGGCCAGUAAAGCGAGAUGAGUGCCACAACCCCAGAGUUGGUCACGACUGGACCUAAUGGUAAGGGGUCCCCUUACCCUUUACCUUUAUCCUGAUGAAUAGAUGGAGCCUCCAGGUGCAGAGACAGUCUGCCACGGAAUACCAGAUAAAGGUAAAGGGACCCCUGACCAUUAGGUCCAGUCGUCGGUGCUCAUCUCGCUUUACUGGCCUAGGAAGCUGGCGUACAGAUUCCAGGUCAUGUGACCAGCGUGACUAAGCUGCUUCUGGCGAACCAGAGCAGUGCACAGAAACACCGUUUACCUUCCCGCCGGAGCGGUACCUAUUUAUCUACUUGCACUUUGAGGUGCUUUCGAACUGCUAGGUUGGCAGGAGCAGGGACCGAGCAACGGGAGCUCACGCCGUUGCGGGGAUUCGAACCGGCGACCUUCUGAUUGGCAAGUCCUAGGUUCUGUGGUUUAACCCACAGUGCCACCCGCGUCCCUUCGAAUACCAGAUACUGGGGGCAUAAAACAGGGCCAGGGAGGGCUAUUGACCUACACCCACAGCUUGGGGGCUUCCCAGGAGCCUCUGUGGGAAGCCUUUGGUCUCAGACAACAGGCACGGACACUCCAUCCUUGUGUUGUUACCUAUCUACCAUUCCCCCCCCCCUUGCUUUUAGUUGACCGUUCGCUGCAGAACCUGACGCUGGCUCAGUCGCUCUCCCUCAACUUGAAGAACCACUACAGCCUUGAAAUCAACCUGCCAUCCACCUCGACACCGGCCAGCGUCCUGGGCAGCCCUGUGGCACAGAUGGGCAGCGCUUGCGAGUCUUACCUGAAUCUGUCCAACCUGGAGAAGGGAAGCCAGCUGAGCCACUGGGCAGAGAGCGAGGAGCACCUGGCAGUCCUGGAGGGGCCAGACGGCCUCCGCAGCGUUGAGGGGUCUGAGGCCGCAGACUGUGCGGUGCUGGGAAGAACCAGCCGGCAGAAGAGCAGCAACCUGGGCACUCCGGCACAGGAGGAGAGGUAGGGGAGUCUUGGCGUAGAGUUGCUCAUAAUCAACCCACGUCUGGGCCCAUGCGAGGCAAAUUGCACAGCUUGGUUCUUAGCACCGUGCGGUGGGAAAGGGCGAUGGGCUGCCAUACAUGCAGAUUUUUGCAGUUUCGCAGCUGUUCUGCCAGCACCAAUGACGCUGUCACACCCAUUGGUCUGCUCUCAUAGAAUCAGAACUGGAGGUAUCGCCAAGGUCAUCUACAAGUGAAACUCGAAAAAUUAGAAUAUCGUGGAAAAGGUCGUUUCUUUCAGUAAUCCAACUUGAAAGGUGAAACUAAUAUAUGAGAUCGACUCAUGACAUGUGAAGCGAGAUCUGCUUCUACUUCUCAGAGGUCCAAUCUUGCUCGAUUUGCAAUCCCUGUUUUGCUGAUUUCCUUGAAUAUUCUAAUUUUCUGAGAUGGUUAAUUUGGGGUUUUCAUCAGCUGUACGCCAUGAUCAUCACAAUUAUAGCAAAUCAAGGCUUGACAUAUCUCGCUCUGCAUGUCAUGAGUCCAUCUUUGCAUGUCAUGAGGUAAUAUUUCUGGGUUAGCGGAGUCUGUAACCUGAAGCAUAUGUAACCCGAGGUACCACUGUAUAUUAGUUUCACCUUUGAAGUUGAAUUCGUGAAAGAAAGGAACUUUUCCACGAUAUUCUAAUUCUUCGAGUUUCACCUGUAGUCCCAACCCCCUGCAAUGCAGGAAUCUUAGCCAACGAUUCCCUGACACAGGACCAUCCAACUUCUGAUUAAAACCCUCCAGUCACCUUCAGAGGGAGUCCGUUCUACUGUUGAUUGGCUCUUACCCUCACAAAGUUCUUCCUAAUAUUGAGUUGGAAUCUCCUUUCUUGCAAUUUGAAUCUAUUGGUUUUGGGUCCCUCCAGAGCAGCGGAAAACAAGCUUGUUCCAUCUUCUGUGAGUCAGCCCUUAAUUGAUAUUUGACGACAGCUAUCGUAUCCCCUCCCAGUCUCCUCUUCUCCAGGCUAAACAUCCCAAGCUCUGCCAACCAUUCCUCAUAAGGCUUCUAGACUCUUGCUCAUCUCAGCCUCCCCUGCAGAUCUGGCCUUGGUUAGCGGAAUUUGGGGAAGCUUCAAAAGCCAGCAUACAGGUGAACCUCGAAAAAUUAGAAUAUUGUGGAAAAGUUCAUUGAUUUCAGGAAUUCAACUUGAAUGGUGAAAUGAAUAUAUGAGAUCGACUCAUGACAUUCAAAGCGAGAUCUGCUUCUACUUCUCAGAGGUCCAAUCUUGCUCCAUUUGCAAUCCUUGUUUUGCUGAUUUCCUUGAAUAUUCUAAUUUUCUGAGAUUGUUAAUUUGGGGUUUUCAUCAGCUGUACGCCAUGAUCAUCACAAUUAUAGCAAAUAUAGGCUUGACAUAUCUCGCUUGGCAUGUCACGAGUCGAUCUCAUAUAUGAGUUUCACCUUUUAAGUUGAAUUCCGGAAAUCAAGGAACUUUUCCAUGAUAUUCUAAUUUUUCGAGUUUCACCUGUAUGUGGUCAGCUGUUUUGCUCACAGAUGGCUGGGGGGGGGGGACUUUUCUCAGCCCAAAGGCCACGUUUCCUCCUGAGCAGCUUUCAAGGGCCCACAUGGCCAGAGGCCGAAGUGGGUGGAGCCAUGGAUGUGGCUGACCCCUUCACACAGAACCCUAUAAAUGCAGCUUCACCACAGCCAGAGAUUCCUAUGCUCCCACCUGCCCCAUCUCUCUACCUAUCCAGUCAGGUGAGAGGCACCACCCCGAUUUGAGGACACAUCCCAGCCAAGAAAAACCCCUUUCUCAACACAGGACGGUCACAUCUUGCACAAUUAUGCUCUCUGCCUUGCUUACCGGUCAAGUCCUGUUCAGUUCACAGGCUCUGGGUGCUCUUGUGAGAUCUUGCUUAAAAUCUCUUUCCACACCAGGGGAAAGAAUGCAAAAAGAGUUUUAAAGCUCUCUGCCUUGUAUGCAGUUAAUUUGUGCAGUUUCGACUGGGGGCUUUCAACCAUGCAAGGUUAAAGUUGUGCAAGUUAGUUGCACGCAGGAAGCGAUUAUACUGUAUGCUGGUUUAGUAAUGGAGAAUGCAAAACCUGGUUAGCUUUGGGAGAGGUGUGCUGCCCCAAGGUAGCACCCAGCUACUGUUUGCUAGAAUUGCAAAGUUGUGGGGGCUGCUACUGAAAUCUCACUACAGGCAAGCCAGGGAAGGGGCUGCUACUCAAGGCUGGAACAGCUGCUUUGCAUGCAGAAUGUCCCUGGGUCAAUUCCUGGGCAGCACCUCCAAUUUAAAAGAACCUCGAGGCUGCACUGCUGCAAUGUGCUCUGUGUGGGGCUGCCCUUGGGUCUGGUUCUGAGGCUCCAGCGACUGCAGAAUGCGGUGGCCAGAUUGCUGGUGGGGUCACCUGGCCGACAAUGUGUGACACCCUUGUUGAGGCAUCUGCACUGGCUGCCCAUCUGCUACUGAGCCAGGGUCAAGGCCCUUGUAUUAAUUCACAAAGCCCUGGGCAACUUGGGUCCAGGGUACCUAGGGAGCGCCUGAACCCUUAUAUCCCAGCUUGAGCACUCAGAUCAUCAGCAGGAGCGUUGCUGGUCAUUACCUCGGUUGGUGAGGCUAAUUUGACAACAACAACAAACAAAGCCUUUGGUGUCCAUCAGCCCAGCCUUGUGGAAUACUCUGCCACUAGAGAUUCAGCAAGCGUUUUCUGUUUCAGCUUUUAAAUGCCUGCUGAAAACUUGGCCUGUGCAGGUAAUUAAGAAUACAUCGUUCCACAGUAGUUGGCUGAUUUCUGAUCUUAGCAAUCUUACAUGGUUUUUAUUGUAUGAUUUUAUCUAUAGUUGUUGUGAACUGCUCUGAUAUAUCUAUAUUUUUUAAAUGAGUAGGGGAAUACAAAUAAAAUAUACUGUAUUUUUCCAUGUAUAAGACUAGGGUUUUUUUUUCACCAAAAAAUUAGGUUUAAAAUUGGGGCUCGUCUUAUACACAGGUAGUGUUGAGGGUUGUUUUCUUAAUUUGGAGGCCCCCCCAAAAGGGGGCGUCAUAUACAUGGGGUCAUCUUAUACACGGAAAAAUACGGUAUAUAUUAUUUUUAUUUUAUUUUAUUUCUUAUUAAGUUUGUCAAACGCCCUUUAUCCGAAGAUCACAGGGUCGUUCACAACAUAGACUUAUUUAUUUGUAGAAUUGUUUCUCUGCCGAACAUCAGGGCAGUGUGCAAAAUCACGAGAAACCUUUGAAAGCCACCCAAAGCCACCCAUCCAUUCUCCGUUUGACAGGUUGCAACCCCUCAUCCCCAAGCUGAACCCACCCCCUCCAACCCUGAGGAGGAGGUCAAGCAAAACCACCUCGCCCAGCCUAGAAGCAGAGACGGACGCCACAGCAGCAGCCACCAGCACCACCACCUCUGGGCCCGGCCACAGCGCCUCCACGCUCACCAGCAUCACCAUCUUCUCCCUGGCCAGCUUGGAGUCUGAGCCCAGGACGCUGGGAAGAGGUCACACUUGCGGCCGUGCCGAAAACCAGGAGCGGGCUGGGGAGGGUGGACAGGCACCCCCGGCAAAAGGGGCCUUGGGACGACCCGAGAAAGGCCCCUCUAGGGAUCUGGAUGGCAGCUUGUCUCUCCGGCGUCCUUUCCUCUCCUCGGCUGGCAAUGAAACCUGUUUGCGCAUCAGUCUUUCGGAGGACGAGCUGGACACAUCAGGGGCCUGCGUUGCUCGUGCAUAAACCAUGCACUUGGGGAGCAGGCUAUUAGCUUGCACUGGUUGCCAGGCACAGAUUGGGGGGUUAGAGGUGGCUUGUAGGGUGCUGCGGCGCCAGAGGGGAGUCUCUGAAAUGGCCACCAGUGGAGGCUGGCAGUUCCGUAAGAGCAAAAGUGGGAGACUUUGAGCCAGAAGCCGUUCGGUCUCCAAAAGAAGCGAGCUGGGAGGGUCUCCUGCCUUUGUCUUCCACACAAGCAGAGGUCCUCAACAGACACCAGGAAAUGACCAGAAGCCUUGACAAACUGGCUGACCUGGCAUGGAGGAACACCUAAGGACCUCGUGUCACCCAGGGUACAAGCAUCAGUAAACAACCAGGCGCAAGGUCCUCAGUCUCUGUGCCCCAGGGAAAGAGCUCAGCACGACUGGCUGAAAUCUAGACUGUGUGCCACAGAUUGUCGUCCCCCCCAGCCAAGAAAAGCUGCUUGCAGUUUUUGGGGGGCAAAAGAGGUAGGGAGAGGGAGGUCGUGGGUGGCCUGCAGCAUUCGGCGUUGUGAGGCAAGGUUAGCACCUGAGCAGGGUGGGUGGUGGUUAUCCCAAUGGUCACUUCCAGAAGUCUCCCCUGGAAUGAGAGGGAUGCACACAGGUGAGAUAUGUCCAGUAUUUUGAAGUCACUUGAUAUUAGAAGCCCAGCCCCCUUCCUGGUCGAGAGGGUCAAGAAGCCCCAUCUUGGACACCCCUAUGGGAACCAGUGCGAGGGCAUCCUGUCUGCCAUUUCCAGACUAGGCGGCGGCUGUUAAACCAGAGAGGGGCUGUGGUGGUGCCUUCCAAAGACCUUACCUCUAACCUACGGGGGGGGGAUGGGGAUGCUGAAGGUGCAGGAAGUUUGCACCUGAAUGAAGGAGGGCCACCCUUCAGAUUCCCCCCCCCCCCAAUUUCCCCCACCUGCAGACCAUCCCUUCCUUCAGCAGGAGUUUUGUGGCACAGAUGCUCCUUUCGGUUUUAUUUUAUUCUGAGGCUGGAGAAAUUAAGCAUAUUGGUGUUUCCUAGAUCCUGAGGUAGUUAUUAUCAUUUCUGUUUUCCUAUUCCUUCUCAGUAGUGGCACCCACCCUGCGGAACGCCCUCCCAUCAGAUGUCAAUGAAAUAAACAGCUAUCUGACUUUUAGAAGACACCUGAAGGCAGCCCUGUUUAGGGAAGUUUUUAAUGUCUGAUGUUUUAUCACUUUAAUAUUAUUAUUAUUAUUAUUAUUAAUUCGGUUGGGAGCCGCCCAGAGUGUCUGGGGAAACCCAGCCAGAUGGGUGGGGUAUGAAUAAUAAAUUAUUAUUAAAAUUGGUGAAAUCCAAACAGUUUUGUUCUGAGUUGGAGGCACAAGAGUGAGAGAGUGCAGAAAGCAAAUUCCAGGGCAUGCCUGAGUGGUGGACAACAAAGUUUUACUCCGAGUAGACCCAUCCCCAGAGGGUCUCACUGUUGGCAACUUGUUCUGCCACGCAUCAUAUUGCACGCUCACAGGGGCGUUGAAGGAGAUUCCCCGCCCCCCCCCCCCGGCCAUCUGUGCAAAGUAAAACACUGGAAUUGGGGACCAGGCUGGUUUUUCCAAAAGAGAAAAAUAGAGAAGGCCCUUGCCUGUACAUUUUACCUCAUCCAUCAGGUUCUGUGGAAUGCUGCAAACCUAGUCUUUCUUUUAAAGCGAAAGCUGGAAAUUGGGGGCUGUGGGUCAUCCAGAGGAGGGGGCACAGCUGUCUCCUCCCCACAGGGGAUGCUCAGAAGGGUGGAAAUGGGUUGUUUUUGUUUCAGAAACAAAACUCAUCAGCCAUGCAAGAGAGGAUGGAAACUGUAAUGUUUGGUCACAGAGAGAGCGAGAGUGGAGGAGGACCAGGAGUAGGUUGCUGAAAGGAUGAGUUUGAGAAGAGGGAGAGUUAAAUUUGGGGCCAGGUGGGAAUGCAGUCAGGAGAACUGGACAGCAAGCCAAUUGCAAGAGGUGGGCUCAGGAGGAGUCGGGAGGCCUGGAUGCUCAGGGGGGUGCCAUGAUGCCAGUGGCGCCAUUAGAUGCAUCAGCCACUGAAGGCUGCCCCAGGUGAGCACGUGUCACGGGAGCGAAUGUGAAGCACGUCAGCCAAGCAAGCUCAAGUGGUGGUGGGGAGGUGGCUUUCACCAUAUCAGGGGCAUUUUCCCGCCACCCCCAAACUUUCAGGACCCUCAGAGCUGCCACACACUAGUGAACAAAGGCACCCCCGGUUUGUGAUUCUCACUCCUUUGCACGAAGGCCUUGCAGGUUGGUUCACACAAGCAGAGGAGCCGUAUUUCGAAAGGGAUCUGAAAAGGAAAGGAAUUGGUGAUGUGGAUGGAGCGCCUUGUGGGCUUUUAUCCCAGGCUGCCAUUAAAAGGUGUGUCCCAUAGCUGGGGGGGACCCAGAGGGGAGGGGUAUGUAGUGCACCUUCUUUGGGGGCCAAAUGCACAGAUAACGAGGCAGGUUAGGAAUGUGUUUAGAAGGUUGAUUUGGGGUGAAGGGAUGUAUUGUUGGUAGCAAUUCAGGGGAGAGAGAGAGAGAGAAAGAGAGAGAGAAUGGACAUCCAUGUCUGGGUUGCCUAGCAACCCUCUGCACAGGUAGAACAGGCCCCGCAGAGGCCAAGUAGCCUAGGGUGGUCACCAGAGCAGGGCACCACUGGAAAUUGUGGCCAUUGCCCGUCAACUACCACUAAACAAGUCCUCAAGGGGCAAGUUCAAAGGGCAAUUAGAGUUCCUAACCACCCUGGUUGGAGGGUGGGAAUGCUCUUGUGUACAUUUUUUUCACACCUGCAGAAAUCUUGGCAGCACAGAGAUUUUAACACUUGCUUGCCAAUGCAUGUGCUGAUCAGGCUGCUUUCAAAAAGGCACAGCUACGUUUAGCCAGUUGAAUAUUCAGCAGGGUGGCAGGGUGAGAAUCCUGCUUCCUGCGGGUAAAGAUAAAGGGACCCCUGACCAUUAAGUCCAGUCGUGGCCGACUCUGGGGUUGCGGCGCUCAUCUCGCUUUAUUGGCUGAGGGAGCCGGCGUACAGCUUCCGGGUCAUGUGGCCAGCAGGACUAAGCCGCUUCUGGCAAACCAGAGCAGCGCAUGGAAACACUGUUUACCUUCCUGCCGGAGCGGUACCUAUUUAUCUACUUGCACUGGUUUGCUUUCAAACUGCUAGGUUGGCAGGAGCAGGGACCGAGCAACGGUAGCUUACCCCGUCGCGGGGAUUCGAACCACCGACCUUCUGAUCGGCAAGUCCUAGGCUCUGUGGUUUAACCCACAGCGCCACCCGCGUUCCUCCUGCAGGUAGAUGUACUAAAAAAAUCAAGGCAUGACGAGUGAGCAUCCAGGCAAGUCACUGCACGUGCAGAACAGCUUCAGUUGGCCGGUUCCGUGUGUUUGGAAGGGAAAUGUCACUUUUCAUGUGUUUGUGUGUGCCCUUAACAAUCGAUGGGACCACGUGUGUGUUCCAUACUUGGAUAUUUCUGGCCAUGUGCAAUGUGCUGAGUGAGAAUCUGCUGCAAGGCAGGCUGAAGUUCCACUGAUGGUGCUGAUUUCUUUUAUCACAGUGUUGCAUAGUGGGAAACUAAACAGCUGACACACACGCACCUCAGCGAGGUGCGAGGAGAGGAAGGUGUCCAUAUCUUGCUUUCUUUUAUCAUCUAUAGGAGCCUCUGAGCCAAAAGCCACAGAGUUUCACAUUCUCUCAAAGCUAUUUCCAAGUUAGCACAGAGAAUGGAAACCCAGUGGUUAAAAAAACAGCAACAACCACCUGUUUGAAAUAAUCAGGAUUUUUGCAAAAUGCAGGACUCUCUUUUGCAACCUGGGAGCUGUAGUCCAGGACAUCUGGAGGCUACCAGGUUAAGAAAGACUAAUGUAGGAUGUAUCUUAUAGUCUCCUCCCCACAAAACGUUUGUUCUUUACAGCUUACAUUUCCCAGUCCACACAUGAAUCCUCGCUUCAUUCAAACAGCCAAGCUUCACUUGAAAUAAAAAUCUCUGGAACAACCUGCAGGGGAGGUUGCAGAAGCAUGUGCAGAGUGCCGGAGCUGCCAGCUUGAAUGAUCUGCCACAGUUUUCUUGCCAGGGCCAAAAUGUUGGGCCAGAGGUUUGAGUCAGGGGCUUUUCUGUGGGUGGGGGGACAGAAAUUGUGUCAUAAUUUAAAGCCUACUUGAGAGCAGAGGAGUCGAGGUUCGUUUUAAUUCCAAGUGUUAUCCUGUAAAUUGUUGUUGAAGACUUCGAGAGAGAGAGAAAGUUUGAAUUUAUUGUGUAAAGCGUUCAAUGUUGUUGGGACCAUGAGUAUAAUUACAGAUUUCUUUCUCCUUA